UGAAUGAUCGCAUCUCUUCUGACCUAUCGCAGCUGCCGCUUCUUGCGGUUUGGACCGACAAAAAAAAAAAAAAAUACAAGGAAAGAAGUGGGGGCGUCAAUGCUUCGGUGUGAAUCAAAUACUGCGAAACGACAAGGCGGAGCGAAGGCUUGACGGGCUCAAAUCCCCACCAAUACCUACCAGCGACUGGGGCCGAAGCAGCCAAUGCGCCCACGAGGCUUCAAGUAGGGAAGGAGAGAGGGUAGCGAAGGAGGUGGGAGUUGUUGUCAGGGAGUAGGAGGCAGCUCUGUUUGGCGGCUGAGGAGGAGCUGAAGGGAGGCGGCCGCGGGUAGCAGGUGAGAGCGAGCGGCGGAGCGAGCGAGCGGCGGCCGGGCCCGGUAGGCGCUUGGCUGAGGGAAGGGGCUUCCGUGGACGACGAGGCGCGGUUCCUCCCUCCCUGCCCGGCGGGGAGAGCGGCGGGGCGACCUGUGGCGGAAGGCCCGAGCUGCCGGGUGCGGGGCUGGUCGGCUCCGAAGCCGUGUGGGUGAGCCUCGAAAGGGGAAGGGAGGAAGGGAAGGAGGAAGGAAGGAAGGAGGUGCGGGGCUGCUGCGCUCAAGAGGAGUCGCUGGGGAAGGAGGCGGCCGCGGGGAAUCCGGGGAUGGGGAGAAGCGGGCUCGCGGAGUACGUGUGAAUGAGUGCAGCGGCGUGCAAGGGAAGGUGCGAGUGCGGGGUCUGCUCGGAGGGGAGGUCGGGCGAGGUGCCGGAGGGAGGUGGGGCGCUCGAGGUGCCCGGGAAAGGAAGGGGCCGGCUGGGCGUCUCUCGGCUUCAUACACACAUAUAUACAGUACAGGGUAUAUCUAUGUCUAUAUAAUGGUCGGCUGGGCUGGAGCUGAACCUGGGCGAGGAUCUGCGGCGAGUGGCCCAGGAAUGCGGGCGGAUGAGGAGCCCUGCGGAAGGGAGGAAGGAAGGAGGAGAGAGGGAGAGGCGGAUAGUGCAGGAAGCGGCGAGGAGGGAGGGAGAGGCAGAAGCGCCGCUCUCGCAUCCCCAGCAGCGGAGGGACCUCGGCGGGCGAAGCUGCCCGGCCGCCCCUUCCCGGCUUCCGGGGUGCCUGCCUGCCUGCCUGCCUGGGACUGGCCUCCCUUCCAGGCCCCGCUUGGUCUGGGGAGUUAGGGAUUCGUGAAGGAAUGUGGCCAACGGGCUUCCUCUCCUCGGAGUAUAUCUGCCCUAUAUUUCAUUCUGUCUCCAGGACUACUUGUUUGUAAAUGAAGCCUUUUUGCAGAAUCCUGGCUUUGCAACCCCUGGAAAAGGGGGCGGCGGCGGCAGGAAAGAGCUGAUAAGCUAAUUGAGCGAAGCGCCGUCCCACCUAUUCUUACUUGGCUUUGUGCGAAGCAGAAUUGAUGUGUGGUAGGAUUAAAAUCAACGAGGUUAAACUUUGAAAGAUUGGGUGUUGGCACUGACAAUAUGAUUACUUUGGUCUUUAAAGGAGAGCUUCAUUUCCUUUUUAUGGCUUUCUGUCAGGAUGUUGGGCGCAAAGCAAGUGUAUAUCUUUUUAAGAAGAGGAUUAAUAUUAAUCCAAAGUGCAACAAUUACUGAAUCAUAAAAUACUAGGUUUGUGUGUCAUGUUUCCAAAUAACAAAAUACUCGAGAUUUUUUUAUCCUUUCUAUGAGUACUUAUUGUGAAAUGAUGUGUCUAUUUGGCUUGCAGCAGCUCUCAUCUAGAACUCCUUCAUCCACAAGAUUUAUGUAACCUGCUCAUUAAUUUUUCAUAAAGCUCUAAAAGUUUCUGGUAGAAUUUAUUCUGUUUAAUGUGUAGGUUGUUGUGUCUUCCAAGAUGCUUAUAAAAGCACUUAUAAGGAUUUGUUAUUUGGUUGUAAUCAGCUAUUUGUCGUAAUAAUAAUAAUUAUUUUAUUAUUUAUACCCCACCCACCUGGCUGGGUUUCCCCAGCCACUUCUAAACAUUUUGUGGUCCUCAAAUUGUGUGUGUGGCAUCUUUAGCAAAGAUGAUGUUUAGGAAUACAGUUGAACCAUAAUGACAUUUGUAUCUGGUUAUUCUCUGCUGCAAAAGUGUGCAUGUUACGCAUAUUUCACUUCUCCAAUCCUUGGACUUGUUCUGUAGUUAAAAUCAUGAUAGGUCUCUUAAGGCCAACUGCUAUUUAAUGUUUGACAUAGUAAAAGAGUGCUGAUCUGUACAGUUUUUCCGCUGGAUUGUUGCAAUGUUUUUCCAUUCUUUCCUUCUUGGCCAUUCUUUAUGGAAACACUAAAUCAGUGACAUCACUCAUGUGAGCAAAAUAAAACCAUAAAUUGUCUGUUCCUCCUCAGUUCAAUCCUUGUCCUUUAUCAUAUUAACUUCUUUAAUCUACAGAUAAAUAGACGGUGGGGUGGGGAAAGUUGCUGUUACACAAGUUCUGUACAAAGAGUGGCAAAGCCAAGAUGCAUAGUGAAAACUUUCUGUCACUGAAGCCUCCUUGGCUCAGACAUUUGCACUCUUUUAAUAGAAAAUACAUAGAGAAUAAUUUCCACAGUGAUGCGAUGCAUCUUCCAAAGUUUUAUUUGCCUAAUCAGAUUUAAGUUCUUAAUUCAGUAGUGUGUAUAAUAUAUAUUACCCUGUGUUGCCUGGAGCAUCAUUUGUGCAAAUACUCUAGGUGCUUUAUUGCAACAAUGUAAUACUGGUUUAAUUAAAUUCAAGCUGUAGUCUAGCAAGGGUUUUGUUUUUUGCAUCGUUUUUAAAGACUUACUGUGUUCAACCUUGCAAAUAAUCUCACAAAAGUUACUAGCACACAUAAAUAUUAUCUAGCCCAGGGUUCAGCAACCUUUUUCAGCUGUGGGCCAGCCCACCGUCCCUCAGACCAUGUGGUGGGACAGACUAUAUUUUGGAGAAAAAAAUAAAUGAACAAAUUCCUAUGCCCCACAAAUAACCCAGAGAUGCAUUUUAAAUAAAAGGAUACAUUCUACUUAUGUAAAAACAUGCUGAUUCCGGGACUGUCCAUGGGCUGGAUUGAGGAGGCGAUUGGGCCGCAUCCGGUCCCAGGGCCUUAGGUUGCCUACCUCUGAUCUAGCCUGUCAACUUGCCCACACACAGUUUUAAGAAAAAAAGAGCCAAGCUUUUUGGUUCUCUUCAUCAUGGAGUAAGCAAGAGGCUGUAUCAAGCCGCAGUUAGUCCAUGAGGGGAUGGAUGAUGGAAGUGGAAUAUUUCGUAAUCUCUAAAUUUAGGAGAUUUUUAUGUUGUGGAAGUAUUGGUGGGAAGAUAUGACUUACUGAUAUUAUCUUGCACUCUGUUUAUAGUAGCACAAUUGGGGACUGGUACAUCAAACAAUCCAUUUGAAGUGCUCUGUCUAAAGUCUUGCUGGCAGAAGAUACAGUACUAAGUAACUUUACUACUCUGUUUUAGGAGAAUGAAUCUUAUCAGAUAACGUCUUUUAAUCCUGAGCCAUUUUUGAAGAUUUUAUAGGCUCUAGAGUACUCUGGAAUAGGGUAUUGUCAAUACCCAGAUCAAUAAAACAGAUAUCAGCAAUACAAACGUUUAUUGGCUAGUAUAUUUUAUUGGAGAAAUAAAAUAUUGGACAAAAUAUUACAUUGGGAGAACAAUUUCAGGACUCUAAAUGAUUGCAAAUUUAGUCUGUUGAUGACCUCUCUUGUUCCACACACUUGCAAUGCCUGAAAAGGGGGCCUUAUAUAGGAACAAAUGCUGUAACUAAUGUGCUAUGGUAGUGAAAGUAGAUUGUACGCUGUGCCAGAAUUCCCUUAUUGUCUGCUGUCUAAACAUAGUGAUGAAUAUAGGUAAACUGUCUUUCUGGACUUCAAAUAUUCUGUACUCUGUAGCUCUCUUCUGGCAUUAACUGGCUUGAAGAGACAACAUACCAGUGAAUACCAGUUUCUGGAAACUGCAAGGCAGCAGAAUGCUUUUGUUCUUGGGUCCUGUUUGCAGACUUCUCACUGGCAUCUGGUUGGCACUGUGAGAACAGAAUGUUGGACUAAAUGGGCCUUUGUCCCAAUCCAGAAGUCUCUUAUGUUCUUUACCGUGAAGGUUCAUCUUUAGUUGCCUCUUCCCUCCCCUGACCAUGCAGCUCGCCCAGUCUCUCUUAUGAUGAUAAAGUACUGUAGUGAAGAAGCAACUUUCUGUAGUUGCUACUAUUAAACAAUUAGGAAUCUGAAAUCUUUGCUGAUCUACUGCAGAAUAACCAAAGAUCUGGCUGUUGAUCCCAAUUUACCUUCUGUCUACCCUGAUUGAGGCAGGUCCAGGGAAUUAUCAACCUUCUUGAAAGGUACACUUAACAAUAUAGUGUUACUUCUAACUGUCCUGUCUGAGUACAGCUGAGUACAUGCUGAAGUUUCAGCAAAUAGGUUUCAACAUUUUGAAUACUGUUAUAUUUUGCUUCUCAUGCAAGAAUAAUAUAAUUACAUUUUUUUGUGAUAUAUAUUGACUUAUAAAAGCUGGAAAUGUUAUUUUCUGUAGUUCUCUAUUAUAGCAAAUUACAGUUAUGGAUGAAGGAUAGUAAGUCAUUACACAGUACUUAUAUGUUUUAUAACUUUAAACUCUUAUUUAGAAUUUUAAAGCCAUCUAGUUUGCCAACUAUAAAAUUCCUGAGAAACCUUGGCUGGCUUAUGUCUCUCUUUUUUUCUUGGAAAGAGCUGAGACAGUUCUGUGGAAAAUCACUAAAUCAACAUUUUCCCCCUCAUGCAAACCUGGUAUGCUUCUGAGUUGUACUGACUUUCUGUAAUUCUGCGUCUGCAAACUGCAACAUUCCCAGAAGGAAUAGUUCUGGGUACUUUGUUCUGCUAGUUUUGAAAAGCUUAGAACUAUUGCCUUUGCAGAGUUCUCUGGUGGAAAACUUUAUUGAUGGACAUCUGUAUAUUUAAUAUCUUACACUUUUAAAAUCAAUUAUCUGCCUUUUAUGGCAGUUCUGCUACUAAACAUAUAUUGAUAUCUGAUAUUGGUUAAUCUUGAAAUGUGGUGAGGCUUAUAGCCUGAUUCUGUGCAUAUUUGCUCAGAAGUAUAUUCCGCUGAGUAAUACAUCUUAUUUGACCAUAACACACUAAUAUAUUCAUACAAAUGGGACUUUACUACCAAGUAAGUGUGUAGAGAAAUGCAGCCUUGCUUUGUGUAGUGUAGAAGAUCUUAAGUUUCACCCAAGAAAAUAAUGUGUCAGGUGCAUUUAACUUGGAUUUAUAUUUUGCCUAAAGCUGCAUUCUUGGUUUCUGCCACUGAAGAAGCAGGAAGCUAGUGGUAGACUAGGUAAAGUCAUAGAAUCAUAGAAUCAUAGAGUUGGAAGAGACCACAAGGGCCAUCGAGUCCAACCCCCUGCCAAGCAGGAAACACCAUCAGAGCACUCCUGACAUAUGGUUGUCAAGCCUCUGCUUAAAGACCUCCAAAGAAGGAGACUCCACCACACUCCUUGGCAGCAAAUUCCACUGUCGAACAGCUCUUACUGUCAGGAAGUUCUUCCUAAUGUUUAGGUGGAAUCUUCUUUCUUGUAGUUUGGAUCCAUUGCUCCGUGUCCGCUUCUCUGGAGCAGCAGAAAACAACCUUUCUCCCUCCUCUAUGUGACAUCCUUUUAUAUAUUUGAACAUGGCUAUCAUAUCACCCCUUAACCUCCUCUUCUCCAGGCUAAACAUGCCCAGCUCCCUUAGCCGUUCCUCAUAAGGCAUCGUUUCCAGGCCUUUGACCAUCUUGGUUGCCCUCCUCUGGACACGUUCCAGUUUGUCAGUGUCCUUCUUGAACUGUGGUGCCCAGAACUGGACACAGUACUCCAGGUGAGGUCUGACCAGAGCAGAAUACAGUGGCACUAUUACUUCCCUUGGUCUAGAUGCUAUACUCCUAUUGAUGCAGCCCAGAAUUGCAUUGGCUUUUUAGCUGCCGCGUCACACUGUUGGCUCAUGUCAAGUUUGUGGUCAACCAAGACUCCUAGAUCCUUUUCACAUGUACUGCUCUCAAGCCAGGUGUCACCCAUCUUGUAUUUGUGCCUCUCAUUUUUUUUGCCCAAGUGCAAUACUUUACAUUUCUCCCUGUUAAAAUUCAUCUUGUUUGUUUUGGCCCAGUUCUCUAAUCUGUCAAGGUCGUUUUGAAGUGUGAUCCUGUCCUCUGGGGUGUUAGCCACCCCUCCCAGUUUGGUGUCAUCUGCAAAUUUGAUCAGGAUGCCCUUGAGUCCAUCAUCCAAGUCGUUGAUAAAGAUGUUGAAUAAGACCGGGCCCAAGACAGAACCCUGUGGCACCCCACUAGUCACUCUUCUCCAGGAUGAAGAGGAACCAUUGAUGAGCACCCUUUGGGUUCGGUCAGUCAGCCAGUUACAAAUCCACUGAGUGGUAGCAUAGUCAAGACCGCAUUUUACCAGCUUCUUUACAAGAAUAUCAUGGGGCACCUUGUCAAAUGCCUUGCUGAAAUCAAGGUAGGCUACAUCCACUGCGUUCUCUUCAUCUACCAGGCUUGUAAUUCUGUCAAAAAAACGAGAUCAGGUUAGUCUGACAUGACUUAUUUUUCAGAAAUCCAUGCUGACUAUUGGUGAUCACAGCAUUCCUUUCUAGGUGCUCACAGACUGUUUGCUUAAUGAUCUGCUCCAGAAUCUUCCCUGGUAUUGAUGUCAGACUGACUGGGCGGUAAUUAUUUGGGUCCUCUCUUUUCCCCUUUUUGAAAAUAGGGACAACAUUUGCCCUCCUCCAGUCUGCCGGGACUUCGCCUGUUCUCCAGGAAUUCUCAAAGAUGACUGCCAGUGGUUCUGAGAUCACCUCUGCCAGUUCUUUUAAUACUCUUGGAUGCAGUUCGUCUGGCCCUGGAGACUUGAAUACAUCUAAACUAGCCAAGUAUUCUUGUACUAUCUCCUUAGUUAUUCUGGGCUGUGUUUCCUCUGCUGAAUCAUUUGCUCCAAAUUCUUCAGGUUGGGCAUUGUUUUCUUUAUCGGAGAAGACUGAGGCAAAGAAGGCAUUGAGGAGUUCAGCCCUUUCUGUGUCCCCUGUUUGCAUUUCACCAUCUUCUCCUCUGAGUGACCCCACUGUUUCUUUGUCUUCCUUUUGCUACGAACAUACCCAUAAAAGCCUUUUUGGUUGCUUUUAACCUCUCUAGCAAGCCUGAGUUCAUUCUGUGCUUUAGCUUUUCUGACUUUGUGUCUACACGUGCUGGCUAUUUGUUUGAAUUCCUCUUUGGUGGUUUCCCCCCUUUUCCAUUUUUGUACACAUCCUUUUUUAAUCUUAACUCAGUUAAAAGUUCUUUAGAUAGCCACCCUGGCUUCUUUAGGCACCUUCCAUGUUUCUGUCUCAUUGGUAUUGCCUGAAGUUGUGCUUUUACUAUCUCCCUCUUAACAAACUCCCAGCCAUCAUGAACUCCCUUUCCUUUUAGUAUUACUGUCCAUGGGAUCUCACCCAGCACUUCCCUAAGUUUUAUGAAGUCAGCUUUCUUAAAGUCAAGAAAUUGAGUCCUAGUAUGCUUGGCUGCUCCUUUCCGCUGUAUAGUAAACUUCAGAAGAGCAUGAUCACUCGCGCCUAAUGAUCCUUCCACUUCUACCCCACUAACCAGGUCAUCAACAUUGGUUAGGACCAGAUCUAAAAUGGCUGUUCCUCUUGUUGCUUCUCCCACUUUCUGGACAAUGAAGUUGUCUGCAAGGCCAGUGAGGAAUCUGUUUGACCUUAUGCUCUUGGCUGAGUUUGACAUCCAACAAAUAUCCGGGUAAUUGAAGUCCCCCAUUACUACUGUCUCCCUUCCUUUUGCAUGCUUGGCCAUCUGUUCCAGGAAGGCAUCAUCUAUGUCCUCUGUUUGGCUUGGGGAUCUGUAGUAAACUCCCACAAUGAGGUCACUGUUAUUCUUCUCUCCCUUAAUUUUGACCCAAAUGCUCUCACUUUGGCUUUGAGGUUCUAAAUCUUGGAUCUCUUCACAGGUAUACACAUCCCUGACAUAUGACGCCACUCCUCCUCCUUUCUUGUCUGGUCUGUUGAUAGUGGCAGUGCAGAGUUUUCAGAAACUUUUCCAGUACCUUUAAUUAAUUGGAAUUUGAUUUAGUAUUUGUCUUAAAAGCAAAAAAGUAAAUACUGUUUUUUUGUUUAACUAUCCCAUGCUUUUCAGUACACAAAAGUAGUUUAGCUGAAAUAUUUUAUAUAGACCAAAUAAAAAAAUGCACACUUAAUGUGGUUUAAAUGUUCAUAGAAAUUAACAUCUGUACUUUGAAAUGUAUUGUACUUUUCUCAAAAACAAAACAACUCAGUAGCAUAUACUUAACAUUGUUCAAAUGUUAAGAAAAUAAUUUGGGCACUGCUAGCUGUUAAUAUGGUAGGAAUACAUCUUGUUUGACCAUAAGCAUAAGCCAUAACAAAACUAACAUAGUCAUACAAAAUAAAAUUCAUGAACAGUGUCUGUAUAAUAUAUAGCUUUAGCAAGUCUACAAAGCUGUUCAUGAUAGAUACAGGUAUGCUUCCUAGGGACAGUCACCUGAAAAGAGUUAAUGGCAAAAUCUGAAACUGCUCAAUUUGACAAAAUUGACUGUUGCAAAUCUUCUAAACAAUGUAUUUUUGGAGAAAUAUGUGAUAGAUUUCCCCCCACAAAAUAUUUCACUCUGUACGUCUGCUAUAAAGAAGCAGAGGACUCAACUUUAGCACAUUGAUGCCUGACAGUGCAGGAUCUAGUAUACAUGGCAUCUACUGUAUUUAGGAGGGUGAUCUUGGCCACAGUAGAAUGCUUUCUGGACUGCUUUGCGCAUCACAUUAAACCAUAGUUAAAAACAAACUGUGGUGUAAUGUUAAUGUGUUAGGUGCAUGCUGCUGAAAUGUCCUCGUUCUGCUCUCACUGCCACUGCACCUCUGGGAAACAAACCAGAGUGACCUUUAGUGAUAACCAAGGAUUGUCAUUCACUUCCUGUGCAUGGUUCGUUUGGAGAGAAACAAGCCAUGAGCCUAGAUUAAGAAGUCACAACAAGGUGGACUCCAGCUUGUUUCCCAGCAGCAGAAUGAGAAUUUUUAAGUUGUGUGAUCACACUACUUUCUCAUUAAAUCAUAGCUAAUUUUAAUUAUGUUUUCGUUUGAUGCAUGAACUAUAGCAGUGUGUGCCUAGGAACCCUUAGGAAAGGGUUGCAAUAAAUGGUGCUAGUUUUAAAAAAUAUUCGUUGCAAUUUCAACACAUCAAAUAUGAAACACUAUUCACACAGAAAGAACCUGGGUGAACCAUAAGACAACUAGGUAUCUAGAAAGUAUUAGUAAUGGAUACUGUAAAUCUAUAGAUUUACUACUGGUCUAACACCACAGUUGACAAUUAAGAAGUUAUGUUGAAGCAAACAGUGCCUCAUUAAGUGGCUUUCUCAGUUACGACUUUUGAAGAUCUGAUGUUUAAGAAGAAAACAAAAGUUAUCCCAAAUAUAUGCCUUAUUAUGUACUUUGAUUUUACACAAGGGUAAUAGUUUUGAGAAGAAAAGGAUCACGUUGCGGCUAGAGGAAUUUUUGAGCAGGAAUUGCAUAAAAUUGGCUAUCGGGGGCCAGCAAGACCUACAUUUGUAAACAUAAGAGAAUACUAUUAAAAAUUGCUUUUCCAGUGGUAUCUGACACCUCACAGUUUGAGUAAUAUAUAUAUCUGGCAUGAAGGUUUGGAUGCAUGAAUCCUCAAAUGCAGAUAUAGGUGGCAACCAUUUUGCACUAUUGACACAUGAUUGCCAAUGCGUGGGUCCCUUUGGACCUGGGAGAAGGUGGAACAGGGUGGUGGUGGAAUGCAAUGGGCUUGUGUAUGUUCCGCUGAUUCACAAGGGGGUCAGGAACGGAACCACUGCACAAAAUGGUCACUACCUGUAUGGUAGUCUUGUCCUUUAAUAAUGAAAUAUGGGGAAUAAGUUACAAUAUUAAUCAAACUAGUAAUGCAUUAUGUUAUAGUUUUGGAUCCUUUAACAAAUCUGUUGGGCUGCUUAGAUGACCAAAUUAAACAUAAAAUAUUGAUAUGGAACCUAAUAGGUGCUGCCAUUAUGUUAAUAGUCCAAAAACAGAAGAACAAACUGAACAAGCUAUUGCCUACAAUUAAAAUAAUGGCUAGUUGAACUUUGGAAAGUGAUGGAAAUGCAUAAACCUACAGAAUGAUGGAAGACAAAGGAAGGAAACUUUUUUGAAGUACCAUAUUUACUCAAGUCUAAUGUGCCAUCGAAUCUAAUGCACACCUCAGUUUUCAGAACCUUGAAACCAAAAAAGGUAUUUGCUGGCGAAUGUAACCGUCCCAUUGAAUCUAAUGUGCACCUUAAUUUUCGCAAUGUAAUUUGGCCAAAAAGGUGAGCAUUAGCUUUGAGAAAAUAUGGUAAAUGGCUCUCAGUGAUUGAAUAUAUGAAAGAUAUGAAUAUGAGAUAUGGAUAUUAUAUAAUUUUUCCGUAUGGUAAUAGCAUAUGGUCAGAACUGUAUUUCUUGUUUAUGGACACAGCAAAAUUUUGUAUUAAAAUUGUGAUGUUUAAAUCUGUGGUACAGAUACAUUCUGAAUACAGCCAUAUCCACAUCUCAGAUGGGGUACCCUAGUGUUAUCACACUUUCUAGUGUUCUUAUUUAUGUGUGCACUUGAACUUGCAAGUUAUGCAUGUAUCCUUGGAAACAGGGUUUUUGGCAAUCUUUAAUCAGAGUAUGGCUGCAUGCCACAGGGGUUAUUACAUUAUGUUAAUGCCCAUUCACACUUGCUUGGGGCAUCAGUAAAUUUACAAGAUAAAUGUGGAUAAAAUGGUGUUCAUGCAAAAUGGCAGACAGUUAAAUAGUUUUGCAACUUGAAGUGCUAAUUGCAAUGGUAUGGAAUGAUAAAAUGGUUACAAAAUAAUACAGGCUAUCCAACAAAAUGAUAAAUCAUUCAGUAAUGCUCACAGAUCACCCAGAUCCACACUUCUUGUGCCAAUAGUUUAAAAUUGCUAUUUAGGAAAUAGAAAUGGAUGGAGGGUAGAGAGCUGUCACAAAUGGCAAAUGGGAGGAUACUAGAGAACUGUCAGGGCUGCAGUGUGAGUCUAGAUGUGCCAAGGGGGUGCUCAAAUGCUAAUUCCUAGGCUUUGGACAACGUAAGAAUAGCCAGACAGUGCUAUUUAGGAAAUGAGGCAAAAGAAAGGAGGAGUAAAACACAACUAGUUAACAUGUCCUGAGAAAGAGAGAGAAUAGUUUCUCUUGGGUUUCACUGUGACCUGUUUGUGUGAUGUCACAGCUGUAGACUGAGGCUUUAGCAGGAGUUAAGUGUGAAGCCUUUUGGUUGGUGCGGUGGGUUCACUCCAAAACAGGUAGUUUGCAAGUUUACUGUCUUUUCUAAGGGACCCAGGUCCAAGCAUUGAUGGGUUGGUCAAAGAUAGCUCAAGGAUGACAUUAGAAGGCUUGCCUAAGUCCGCUCACCAUCCUAAGGUGGUUCCAAAAAAAGAGAAAAAGUACUUCCCUUAAGGGUGAUCACAAAGCACCUACUACAAGAACACCGGAAUAAUUUGAAGGAAAAUUUAAAAGUAUAGUAGUAAGGAAAAGGGGAAGGGAGGCAAGGGUAAAGGAUCUAGCUAAGUUGGAAAGGUCUGCUCCUGUAAUAAUAGAAUUGAGUUGGCUUGCAGAAGAAAGAAGAGUGGAGCAUGGAACAAUCUUGUGGGAGAAAGACUGAACAGUGUCAGGGUCUGAGGGAUGUGUAGUUACAGGAAAGAGAAUUCUGAUAGGUGUUGGCCAUUGUCACAAAUGAUGAUUGUGGGGACCAAAAAAUGAUCAAUUUCUGGAGAGAGAUGCUUUCUUGGAAAAAAAGGCUUUUAUUCUCACCAGGGUUAAUUAAUGGUCAAAUAGAGGGAUAUACUUGCAUUAGAAAGGACAGAGAUUCUGAAGACCAAUUUAGUUUCUGUAUUUUCACUAACGUCUUUUAGCUUUAAGGAGGUCAUUUAGCUUAAGCCAGUAUUGCUUCCUGAAUUUUUCUGCAGUGGCACUGCAGUCAUUGUGCAGAGCAAAGCCAAAGUUCAGGUGCACGUGAAGAGUUCCAACUGAGCUAAGUUUUUAGGUAAUACUAGCUCUGGAAAAGGUAUGGAAAAAGUCUACUGAAAUUACCAAAGGUCAUAUUAUGUUCCUAGUAAGGAAAUAGAAAUUGUGGUUGCUUAGUUGAGGGAAAAAGUGAAGUGGUUUCAUGCGAACAAUUAUGUUAUCAGUUAUCUUCUCUCAAUGCUAGCUAGCACUUUGGGCUAUUCAAUAAAACUGUUUGGCAAUAUGUGGAAAUAUUGGGGGAUGAUAUAAGAAUUUGAUUUGAUAUUUUUAAGCAAAGUGGUUUAUGUGAGUUAUGUUUUAUGUUUGAUAUGAAAAAUGAUAAAUACAAUAUUUAAAAAUUAAAUAAUACAACUGAUUGGCAAGUUUUCAAGGCAAACAAGAAGUCCAUUUUCAUGAAGUGCAUAAUGAAGUUAGGGAAUUGACAAGUACAGUGGUACCUUGGUUUUCAAACGUCUCUGUUGACGAACAUUUUGAUUUUCAAACACCGUAAACCCAGGAGUAAAUGCUUUGGUUUUUGAACACUCCUUAGAAGUUGAACAUUCCAUGCAGCUUCCGUAUUGAGGCUUCUGUAUUGAGUUUUGGUUUUCAAACGUUUCAGAACUCGAACGGUCUUCCGGAACGGAUUACGUUUGAAAACAGAGGUACCAGUGUAUAACCAUGUGGUGAUGACUUCUUGUACGAAGGAUGAAGCAAAUACACAUUAUAUAGAUAUUUCAACAGUUGUUGGUCUUGAUAGCUAGGAAUAGAACCUCCAUGUUCAGAGGCAAUAUACUACUAAGUACCAGAGCCUGGGGGCAAAUCUUGAAUGGGCAUCAACAUAAUUUCUUGCAAAUGAGCUUUUUGGAAUCACUGUUAGCCAGAUGUUGAAAACUGAAGAACUGACUAUCAUUUAGCAAGGCAGUUGACUGUUUUUAGUAAGAUUGAUCAAUUCUUAAAUACUUUUUAAAAUGUCAUGGGUAUUGAUACAAGGUCUUGAAUAUCUAAUUAAUGAAUAAUGAAAACUAAAUUUUGCCAAACACUGCAGGGUGGGUCUGUGUUAUGUUAUAGUAGAGCACUUGUUGACCUGCAGUCUGGACUGUAGCUUAGCUAUAAACUGCAACUCUUUGGAGUAUCGCAACUGACAAUGGAUGGGAAUUGGUGUAAGUAUAACGUGUACAGUUACCUUGCUCAAAGCAUUAGCAAGAUGAAAUAACCUGCUAUACUUAAAAAGCGAAAGUACUGACUGAGAAGAGUGUUUACAUUUUAGUCUGUCUUCCUGUGUUGUGUGCAAAUUAAGUUCCUGUUGUAAAUAAAAUAAAGGAGGGAGGACACUGUACCUGUAGGAUCAUAAUUCACUUCCUGAGCCACUGUGUUGAAAAAAAAAAAGAAGAGUCACAGUAGUUAUAUAGGUGGGCACAUUUUGCAAGAACAUAAAAAGACUUGAAGAUUAUGGAAUCUAUAGAAAAUCUAUAUUGUUUUGGCCCCAGAAUGAAGCCUAGUUCAUGCAGACAGAAGAACUUCCUAAUUUGGGGGCAGAUAAUGAGGUAUGUACAUUGGAAGUGAUGCAAGUGAAUAAUGCAAGGAAGCAAGUUAACCUGCAAUGUUCCUGACAUGGUUAGCCAUAGUAUAGCAGUUGUUCAACAUGCCUGCUAGAUUAGGAAAUCUGAAACUUUGGCUUGGAUAAAAUGAAUUGUGGUGCUAUGAGCUGAUGACUGCUUCAAGUACCAUUUUAAAACACAAGUAGGGUAAUGCAAUUUGAGUUCUAGAGAGAACUGUACGGAGCAGUAGAAUUUGAUGCCCUGUCUCUCUGCUGUCAUAUUGGAGUGCUACAAUAGUCUUGAUGCAGUAGCAGUGUAGAGGAGAAAUGUGUUUUGGAACAAUGGCUUGUGAAAAGAAUGUACUAGUUAAUGAAUAUAGUGCUGAUCCACAGAAAGUAAACUGAGAUCAUGAACUGUAUUAAAUAUUUCAUGAUAUGGGAACAGAAGGGCAAUUUAACCAAACAAAAUUUUAAAAUAUAAGAAUGUGUAGAUUACAGAGAGUUCAAUGAUGAGACCUAUUGAUUGCUUUAAUCUUUUAUCAAACCACAAUUAGAAGUUAGUUUACUAAUCAGGAUCGUAAAGCAUCAUAGAAUCAUAGACUUGUCAAGUUUGAAGGGACCACUAGGGUCAUCUAGUCUAACCACGAAUCUUCUGCCCAACCUACAGCUUUGCGAAUAAGAGUUUCAUGUUCUGCUGAUUGAGCUAGCCUGGCUGACCAUUAAACCACUAUUCCCUUUUGGGGCAUUACAGCUAACUAUAUUUUAAUUAAACCAGUAUGUACGUAUGGUGUGUGCGUGCGUGCAAGGAGUGAGAAAUAUUGCUCAUUCCCAGCUACGACGCUGUUGUAUAGCAAGUUCGUAGUUGAGCAUCUAAAUUAUGCCUGUGUAUACCAAAUCUUUUGAUCAUGCCGCUUAGAAAUACAGUAAUUGACAUAACAUUUGGCAUCCUGAUAAUUUCUGUGUAACUGUUCACGUUUAUAAGAUUUUCCUGCCUUUUAACUGCGUUUGGUUGCUGCAUCAGCCACACAAGCACAUGGUUUUGGGGCAGGAGAUAAGUACAUGUUGCUGUAGAUGAGGUGAAUAGAAGAUAGCCCGGGUGGGGGAGAGCUCUUGCAGAAAGGUAGGUAGAGCUGUUUACGUUAUCUUUUGUCAUGGAAGUUUUUGAUUUUCAAACUGUUCAGUCCCACAACACCUGUACUUCUUUUCUUGGUAGUUCUAUACAUGCUUUUUUUUUUUUGGUUUGCAUUACAGGGUUUUUAAAAAAGAAGUAGGAAACUGCAGUUUCAUCAAUUUAGGGCAUUAUACUUGUUAAAUUCUGUUAUAUAUGUGUGUGCUUGUGUGUAUGAGAGAGAGAGAGAGGGAGAUGGGUAGAUGUUUUCUUUAUCGUAAACCCCCCUGUGAUCCUCAGAUGAAGGGUGGUAUAGAUAUUCAACAAAUAAAUGUGCUGUAAAAGCACUACAGAAUACAGUGGUACCUCUGGUUACGUACUUAAUUAGUUCUGGAGAUCCGUUCUUAACCUGAAACUGAAGCACCACUUUAGCUAAUGGGGCCUCCUGCUGCUGCCGUGCCGCCGGAGCACGAUUUCUGUUCUCAUCCUGAAGCAAAGUUCUAAACCCGAGGUACUAUUUCUGGGUCAGCGGAGUCUGUAACCUGAAGCGUAUGUAACCCGAGGUACCACUGUACUCAAAAUCCAGGAAUCCAAAUGGCUAGAUUGGUAUACUUUGUCUGAUACUCUUCCUGGUAAAGAUGGAUCAUAAAAUCAUGCUGAUAGCAGUUAACCAGAAAUAGCUGGAACUUUUGCCCUUUGGACCUUCUGUCUUUCACAUUGUUCGUUCAUUCUUUGACUAAUCCUUAGCUUCCAAAGUUCGCACAAUUGGAGUGGGUGGAGUGGGGGAAGAGGAAAAAGGAAUGGUGGCAUUCAAAACAGUGCAAUAGUAAAUUACUGCAGUUGCAUGCUACUGAUAGCCAGUGAAUAUAGUGUGUUGAAGAGGGAAAUGUGGUACAGAUUAAAUGAAUAUUGUGAUUUUGGCUAUCACAGAUUCAUUCCUUGGUUGAAUUAAAAGUAAAAUUGCUAUCCUUUGAAAUGCCUUGUGAAAAGGACAAUUUCUUGACUUUCUUCUCCCUGGUUUAAGAACAGUUUCCUGAUUUAUUUGAAUACUAUGCUGUACACCAGUCUUUCCCAACCUGGUGCUCUCCAGAUGUUCUGGACUACAAUUCCCAUUAUCCCUGAACAGUGGCCAUGCUGUCUGGAGUUGAUGGUUGCUGAGAGUCCCAACAGCACCUGGAAGACUGCUGUAUACUUUCUCUCCUUGCAGCAGUGCAGGCACACACCCAAAGUCUAAACAAGAGGCAUAUGCAGCAAUAUCCUGAUGCCUGUAGCAACUAGGAGCAAAUUUGGGAACUUCAGGGGUCGGAAGGCACAAAGUUACAGCCCUCAGUCUCCUACAGAUCAGCCUAGCCUUUGCUUACUGUAACAUAAGUUGAGAUGUGUUUCUAGAUAAUUUUAGAGAUAAUAAAAGUCUGUUCGUGAAGGUUACCUCCCCUUUAAGUUCACUGUGGCACUAAGUUUAAAAUACUCCUUUCCUUUUUAAACCAGUAGUUGCUGUGCAAAGAAUAUGAACAAUGAUGGCUUGAAAACGUUGCCCAUGUUGAACCUGCUUAUAUCUAUUUAAUUGUUUACUUUAGAGGAGGUGAUAUGUUUAAGAGCAAACAAUUCUGAUGUAGGGAAAGAUUGCAGUGUUUGAAACUUCAUAAUUUAGAGAAAAUGUGAGUAACGGGGGAUACCCUCAACCUCGGCCUUCCAGAUGUUUUGAGACUACAAUUCCCAUCAUCCCUGACCACUGGUCCUGCUAGCUAGGGAUCAUGGGAGCUGUAGGCCAGAAACAUCUGAAGGGCUGAGGUUGAGGAAGCCUGUGAUAGAAGGAUAUAAAAGUCAGUAUGGCUCUGAAUAGUAGUUGCUGGGAAUCACAGAUGGGGAGACACUAUUCAGCUUGUGUCCUAUUUGAGAGCUUCCCGUAGGCAUCUGGUUAGCCACUGAGAACAGAUCAGAUUGGCCUGAUCCGGAAGAACUCUUAUUACAUUCUUACUCUUGAACAACGUGUGCUUGUUCAGAAUUUUUUGUCUAUUUAUACAUGGACUGUAAUAAGUGAGUAUACAUUUUUUUCAAACUUAGACUGUCACUUUGGCAAAGGUGUGACUUGCAUUUGGAUUCAGCCGUUGUAGAGGCUAAAUUGUAGACAAUGAUGCUGAAAAAAACUUGCAUUCUUACCAAAUGGAAAUGUGCAAUUCACAAAACCAAUAAACUUUCAGGGCUUUCUUCUCUCUCAUUUGAAGUAAAUCCCAUGUGUCUAAUAUAAAUCCACAAUGUGUUCAUCUAUUCCAAGCUAGGUUAUGAUUCCAUAAUGUUCAACUCUGCAAGACAAUCUGAUGAAAAAAGGGAACCCUAACUAUCAAAAGCUUCUAUUGUGCAUAGGAGCUUAUUGCACAAGCAUUUAAACCUCCUCUCAGUAUAUGCCACGUGCAUUCUCUUCUGUGUUUUACUGCUAAACUGCAAUGGCUGCCUGAGCAACCCCCUUGCAAAGGUGUGUUUAUGCCAAGUAGGAAAACCAGCUUCUUUAGUUCCAGUAUUUGCACUUGAUUCUAGUUGUUGCCGGAAUAUAUUCAAUACUUUCAUUGCAGUGCAUUUCUUCAGUAAAGCCAUGUCUACCACCAGGAGACUUCCUGGCAGGUGGGGAGCAGGUGGAUACAAGACAAGCUCUGUACGGGUCUGCUUUCUGGUACUUACAGUUUGCUUGCUUAGUUUUCUGGGAUGCAACAUUUACCUGCCUUAAAUAAUGCUUUCAGUUGCAUCGUGAGCAACGUUCAUUUCACAACUACUAUACUGCAACUUGUAGUGAUGACUCCCAAGUCUCCAAAACCACACAGGAACAGCAUUUGCCCAUAGCCCCAUACUGCAAGAAAACUUCCGACCAAAUCAGCUGUGUUCACUGAAGAACUUUAUGCAAUCAGGUCUUAAAUUGCACAUUUCCUGAACUUGGGGUGGUGGUGGGAAUUGUUGUUUUAGCGAAGGGUUGGUGAACCUUUUUCAACAUCAGGACUGAAUUCUUUUGUGGGGAAUUUUCUGGCAGCCACCAUGGCAGUGUUGGUUAUGGCGAGAAGCAAAAGUCAGCCAAUCAGUGGAUGUGCUCUUGACCUUUGUACAGAAGACUGCAUUCUAGCCACGCUAGCAGGUGUUUUCCACCAACCCACACAAACAUUGCUCACUUUAGACAAGCCGGAGGCAUUAUUACAGUUCAGAGGCACAUCCCUGACAGGAGAAAAACACUUGAGGACAGAGUGGAGCCAGAGGUGUUUGGAAGGUGGCCUGGGCAGGGGCAUGGCUUACAGAGAGGCCUGGAUAGCCACAUUUGGCCCCUAGACCCGAGGUUCUCUAAUCCUAGUUUACACCUUGGAUUAAUUUGGGUUCAGGUCAUAGCUAUUGCUUUGGUGUCCAUGUACACUUUCAGGAUGGUUGAAAAACAGUGUCCCUAGAAACAUACCUGGUGCCCUUUUUUUUACUUUGAGUAAUUGUAGCAAAUCUCAACACAUCAAUAUAUAAAGGCUUGGAACUUAACUUUCAAGCAGUUUGUAGACCUAAAACAAUUGACUUGUAAACUGAGCUCUGCUGCAGUGUACAUUUCCCUAAUGGGUAUUGGUGUCUAGUGGGCAGGAUUUUCUUGUCAUCCUCCUAGAUCAGCUUUUCAAACAUAACCAGAGCAACAAAGACCAAAAAGACCAUUAGAUCUUAACAGCCCCCAGUCAGUUCUCCUGAACUUGAUAAAAAGUAUUUGAAGCUAAAAAUUGUUUUGUGCUUGUCAGACAAUUGAUCCAAUUACUUAAAGUUCUGGGGAAAUGCUUUUUAACUGAGGCGCCGGCAGGCUGUGCAGUGAUUAGCAUAUAAUAUAACUAGAAAAAUAAAUUGCUGUCUUCGAAACUUUUAAGCAUUCUGUUUGUCAUGUAAGUUUUUACGGCUAAACAAUGUGCUAAGCAUACUUGCACUCAUUCUUAGAGGUUUUUGGUAUGGAUAGGGAAGAUCAAGUGCCUGUAAGCUUUGCCUUGUUUUAUGGAAAUUGGCCAAUGUAAGCAAGCAAUAGAAGAAACUAACAAGGAUGUGCAUAGACCACAAAAUUUGGUUUAAACUCCAGUAUGACACUUUCACUAUUGGGAAAUGAAAAAACAGUGAUACUUCUUCACUUUUCUGCAAAAACUUGCAGGCAUAGUAAGUCCUAUAUUCUACAUAAAAUCUGCUAAAUUACAAGCCACUUAGUCUGCGUGGAAUCUUUUUUGCUGGUCACCUUUAAAGGUUAACUUUUAUUUAUGGGUAGAAUUGGAAAGAAUUUGGUGGCAAAGGUCACUCCUUCUAAGGGGAUGAAUCCUGCCAAACCUCAGAAGUGAUAGCUUCGGUGGUUUUCCUGCAAGACUGCCAUUACAGUUUAGGAGUGUCUAAAAAUGGAAUCACUUACUCUCCUCUAGUACUUUGUGGGUAAUAGGUCUGAAAACUGCCGACAUGAAAGAGAUGUCCCUGGGUAAGAAAUCUGCCAAAUUGCAGACAAGUAUGUCAUGAGGCUUUUCCACUAGGCAUCUUUUUAAAGUUGAUUUUUCAGUGGGGAGAACUAAAAGAGAUUUGCUUAAACCAUGGUUUAAGGAGCCAUUUGGCGCCUAACAUAUAUCUUGAGUUUUUAACACUGAUUACAAACCUGGCAAAGGCUGUUACACAUAAAUGUCUGUUUCAUGCAUAAUGUUAAAAAGUAACAGUUGGCUUUAACCAUGGUUUACCGAGCUGGCUCACAUAUGUUGAUCCAAAUUGUGGUUUGUUUGCCUCAUUUUCGUGUCACUUCUGUGAAUACCCUUCAAAUGAAAAUGCUGACACACACACACACACACACACACACACACACACCUCAACAACUCUGAUCAAUGCUCCUCAAAAAAAGUCUAACAACUUUGCAACUUUGGUCAAUACAGUGGGCAGAUCACUGCCAGUUUUUUUUUAGUGGGAAUAGAUCGCAGUCUCUUGGAAGUUGGACAUCCCUGCUCUAAACUAAUUAAGUUUGUUGCUUAUAUAAGGUAGACAGCAUAAUUUUGAAUACUAAACUAUUGCUUGCUGGGGAAAUCUGGUUUGGUGAAUUGGAAAGGCUUGCAGUGUGUGGUGUAAUUUAAUUGCUGGAUUAGAGGUGUUUGUGAAGGAUGAGACAAUUUUGUUUCUGGAAAUGCAGAAGAUCAGGACAGCAGUUCUCCUGAAUGUAAAAAAAAAUAUGCUAGUAUCAUGCUUUCUUGACAAAAGAACAAGUCAGUAAUACAGUAGUGUUUCAGUGUCAAGACUGAUGUGAAUAAAAAUGAGAUCCCUUUUCUAAUUGGAUUUCAUAUACUAUAUCUGGUCACCAAUGUGCUUGAACCUCAGAAGAUGAUACCCAGAGAAAAGUCUCUGAUGAGCCCGGUGACUAGGCAAAUUGGUAUGGGUGAAGGUGGUCACAGUUGAGCCAAACAUUACUUGAAAAUGUCUUCUGUUUGAGGGGAAUUAUCCUAAUUACAAAAUCUCACACUUUUAAGACAUUAAUCCUAUUCUGUUUUGCACUUUUUAGCCUGUAGCUUAGCAUGAGCGAAUGAGUCAUUCUCCAUUUGAAAUUUAAUUGCUUCUUGAGAUAUUUUUACAAAUGAGUUAAAAUAGCCAUGUUGACAUGUGAGUAGGAUUAUUCUUGAAGUCAGGCAAGCUCAUAUUUUUGUAUUACCUGCUAAAUUAGCUGGUAAAUGUCAAUACUGAAAAUAACUGAUAUGGUUUUGGAUCUGAUUUUCAGCUGGAUUGUAGCUAUGUAACUCAGAGCAAGCACGGUCCUGAUAACAUUGACCUGUGUCAUUAAUUAUUGUAUGUUUCAUGAUGGAGAGGUGUCCUGAUAGAAUAGCAGUGAAAUAAUGGAGACGAAAGGGGGGGUAUGUCUGCUGCAGAAGACACAAGCUGUCUAUUAAAGCAUAGUGGAACCUCUGUGACAAAACACCCAGUGAAGCAGAAAACUGACCCACUUAACUGUUGGCAUAGAACUUUGAAUUUGUUAAGUGCUGGCUUGAUUCUAUGAUACUUGAGGUUUGGAAAUAAGUCUUAAUAGUUUUAAGUUUUAAGUGAACUUUGAAAACUGUGUGCUUGCAACAGAACACUUGAAAAGUAGUUUAUACAGGCUGACACGCAAAAAUUUGAGGUUAGGUAUUUAAAUUUAAAAAAUUAAGAUUCCAUCUAUUUGGAUGUAACUGGGCUAAUUUUGCCCUCUACCUCAGUUUUAUAAUUUAUACAUCAGAUGGUGUGCAUGCAUGACUACCACAGCCCUAUGCCUAUCCUUUGGAAUCCUUUGAAAGUGGGGGCAGAUUCAAAGUGGGUGAAGACAUUUCUUUACUACUUGCUAACUUGAGAGGAAGGGAGGGGGAAGUAGGAGGAGCCACUGUCACACACACCUACAUCCUUAUCUUGGGGGGCUGCUAUAGCACCUAGUUCCUUAAAAGCAACCAAGACUGAUUUUCUGGGAGCAGAUUAGAGUCUUUAUCAAAUCUCAGCUGUCUGAUUGAGAAAAGGAAAUGCUCUAAGCAAGACAAGUAUACACAAGAGAGAGUUACCUAAAGGAAACUUGCCUUGGCUAUAUUCCCUGACAAGCAGGCAGGAUUGGAGUUCUGGUGUUGAGUGGCGUGGAACCUGCUUCAUGGCAGGCUUGAAUCUAUGGAGUGCCCCCAAUUUCCUAGAAGUCUAGGAGGAGAAAAGGGAUCUGAGUAUGAGACUUGCUGAAUUUCUCAGUCAUUAUUACAGAGGUGAUUAUAGCUGACAGCCUCAUUUUCACUGCAAGCUACUUGUGGUAAGAAUAUAUUUCCCCUUUCCAAUCUGUGAAGCAAAUUUUACAUGUAAUUGUUAGUUGUGCUCAGGGUUCUGUGGUAGUUAAUGAGUGAUCAGAAGAGUUAAAUGCCAUCUUGGGGAAGUCUCUCAGUGGUCAGGAAAUGACAACAUAGAAUUCAUUUGUUUUAAAAUCUUAAAUAUUUAUCUAGAGUAGGGCUUUCAAAAUUUCUUGGCAAGGUCUCAUUCCAGAUAUUCAGGCUUUGUGCGAGCUUCUUUUCAUCUCCAAAACCCAAUAGCUUCCAUUCUACCUUGAACUUUAGUAGGGAAAAUCUGUUCUGGAGUUUCUGCAUGCAGAGGCAUUGCAUAAAUACAAAGAAACAUAUCAAAACAAAAAUAGCAUGCAAGUAAGUAACCUUUGAUGGCAUACAGUGUAACAGAAUUGUAUAUACUCACUUUGUAAUGCAACUUUUAGCAACAUUUUAUUGGUGUAAUCACUUGUACCCUAUAUAUCCUAUAGAUCUUAUUUAUGCACCAAACAAAAUCAAAUUUGUUUUCCCAGGCUUUUAAUAAUUGCAGAGUAAGCUCCCCCCCGCCCAAAAAAAACCCAACUUGUAUAACUUGUAUCAAACUGCUCUAUUUAAAUUGUCUGCUGCAACAUUACUUUACUUGAUCACGUUAUAAUAUUUUUGUUUUGUACUACUCUGCACAGGGAAUAUAAAAUUACAUUGAAGAUGCAGGAUGUAAAAUUAUGUAAAUAUGACUUCCUACACCACUAAUUUUCUUGGUGUAAUUUAUUGCAGAGGUAGCCAACAUAGCACCCAUUUACCCCAGCAUAGUUAAUGGUCUGAGAUGAUGGGAGCUUUAGUCCAACAUUUAUAGGGGGGCAUCUCUUGUCUGAUCCUGGUGUAUUUGGUAAUGCUAGGCAUAAAGACAACAGAAGGUUUAUGAAAGAAUCAUAUGUGAAUGUAUAAACUUCUAGGGAGCAGUCCAAACCCAAGACCCACUGUGUUGAGCAGACUUUGAAAUAGGCAGAUCUCUGGCUCAAGUGGUGCUCAGCUGUUUGAAGCCCUGAUUAUGGCUCAUCUAGAGAGAUGCCAACAUAAGCCCUCCAUCCUGAUUCAACUGUGGCUCAACUGGCUGAGCCAAAGUUGGCUGAGCCCAAGGUUGAGGUGGGGGUAAGCCCCCCCCCCCGGUAAAGGAAUCUUCAGGGCUGGGGGCAGGGCAGGGGAGGCUUACAUCACUCCAAAUGCUAUUUACCUCAGUCACAUGACUUAGCAAUCCAGAAGCGGGUGGUGUAUGUCAAACUGUAUUUUAAAAGCUGUUUCCCCUCUGCCAGAUUUGGGCUGACUAAUCUAGCAGAAUGGAGUUUGGACUUAGGGUAAAUUACACUGGCAUGAUGCUGGCUCCUUGUAGCUUGGAUUGCUGUUAGUUCUGGAAUAAAACAUUUUAACUUGGGCACAAUAUCUGGGAAAGUGUAAUAGCAAGUUGGCAGUAGCUAUCAUUGCUAAGAGGACUUGUAUAACAAAAGCUAUCAGUAAUGAAACAUACCAAAUUGAUAGUUCUUGCUGGAUUUAAUAGUCUCAUCAAGUGAUGAGUGAAUUUGUCCCAGUCAGGCUCAAAAAUUGAACAGCCUUGGAAAAUAGCUUGUUUUUCAAUCUCUGCCUGGUUCUCAUUUCAGAUUAUCAACCCCACCCCCACCCCGUGAUAUCACCAGAAAAUGAUCAGGUCCAGUCACUCUUCCACAAGAGUCCAAAUGUUGGGGUGUUGCAAAAUGUAGUUACUGACAUGAGUCAGUAGUGUGGGAAAAGUCUACUUUUCUCCAUUCCUUUCAGCUCUUUAGCAGCAUGCCAGACGUUUGUGGAGAGAGCUGGGAGAGUAGUCUUGCUUCACCGCUGGAGCAACAAAAAUGUAAGAGAGAGCUUAGAACCAGUGAAGGGUGGUUGAGUUGGAGGCAGGGACAAAGGGAGGACUUAGGUUCCUCUCCAGCUUAGAUUUUAGACCAGAAUGAUUGCUUUGUACUGAGGCUAGCAAUUAAGCUUUUCUUGGGCUUAUAUCCCAAACACUGUUUGGAUAAGUCUGAUAAAUCAAAAGUCUCACCCUAAAGUGCAGUUGCUUGGGCUAACCAUUUGUCAGUUAACCCUGUUGGAAGAGAAUACUGCAGUGAGUUAAUUUGGUGGAAAUAGUAAAGCAGCCCAUUUUAAAUCAAGAUUUACCGUAAAUCCUGCAUUCCAUGUGUCCUCUUACAAUCCACUUUCUCAUUAUACCAUUAUACACUUUUAUUGUUGAGUAGUAUGUUUUACUACAUUUCUGUAUGAACCUGUACAAAGACAUUAUAAAGUGUUUCGUUUUGCUGACUCCAAGCUAAUACUAGUUUAACUUCUGAGGGCAUGCUUGUUUCAUAACCAUUCUUUUCUGAAAUGUUUGUCCUACGAGCAGAGACUUUAUGAUCUUUCUGAUCUCUUCAUUAAAAAAGGGAUAUAGUGUCAAUACUGUGUUGUCAGGGGCAGUUCCUGAAUACUUUUAUAAUGCCUUAUCUGUUAUUGAGCAGUAUGUGGCUGCUAAUAUUCAGUAGAAAUAUAUAUUAAUUACUUGUUUCACCGCAAUCAUGCAUAGUUUUGACAGACAUUGCAGUACAAAUAAUUUUUAAAGUGGGUGGCUUCCCAGUAUCCCAGGAGAUACAUGGGAGGGAGAUACUCCUAAUAUACUGAGACAGAUAAUUUAGAGCUUUAAAGGUCAAAGAAACAUCUUGAAUGGCAUCUGGAAGCCAGCAACAUUGCAGUUGCUGCAGGUACUGUUAUGUGACCCUGCUAUCCUGUAUCAGGCAGGAGGCAAGUUAUUGCAUUUUGUCCAAGCGUAAAUUUUCUAAAUGCUUUAAGGCAAUCAGAUGCAUGUUGUGUAAAGAUUCCUUUUGUCUAGAUAUAGCAGACUGAAUGCAAAUAGUAAAAGACUUGUGUUGGCUAUAUCUGUCACUCAUUUAACUAAUAUCAGAGGCGUAGCCAAAAUCUCUCCUGGACUGCAAGCAUAAUUGACAAAUGACAGCAGAAUAAUCAAAUACACCUCACUGUCCCCUGCAAUAUAAGGGCCUGGUGACUUCUGUUUCAGUGUAUCUGAAGGCGUGUGCAUGCACACUAAAGCUUAUACCAAGAACAAACUUGGUUGGUCUCUAAGAUGCUACUGGAUAAUUUUUUUAGAUAUGUCUCCUGCAAUCUGAGGACUAAAAUGAAUUUUAUCUGUAUUCAGCUUUAGCCAAAGUACAGCUAUCAGACCUGAGAUAAGAACUAAAACUGACACUCGUAGAUUUGAUAAAAAUGGAAUUGUCUGAUUGACAGGGUGAUGAUGAUAACCCCAUAACAGACCUAUGAAUCAUGCCAUUUAGCAAUUUCAUAGAGAUGUUCAAAGGGGCAAGGUAGAUUUUUGGAGCACUCCUCUUAUCAGCUUCUAGGAAGCUGAUUCAUUUGCCCAUCCCCACACCAAAAACAACUUGCAAAACAAAUAACAACCUAAGAUGGAGCCAGUUAUACCUGCUAAAACCGGCAGAUUAAUCAGUAGAACUGACUAUUCCUAGUAUCCAAGGUUGCUGGGGAGAGGUUUAAUACAGUGAAGUUUUUCCUCCUGUUAAUAUUUUAGGUGUACUGUAUAUUGGUCAGGUUACCUGAGUGUAAUCUAGUGCAGCACAUGUGUGGUCAGUUGUGCCUGCAAAAUUGGGAAGCAGAUCAGGGUUUGCUUGGCAGAUGUGAAGUUCUGUGCCAUCUCCAAGGAAGGGAGUCUUGGGAUGUGCAUCAAAACUCCUCCAAAAUGAUCAUUCCGACUGACUUAAAUGCCAUGCCUAAGACCCCCUGUGUCACACUAGUCAAAUGCCAGGCACAAGACCAUUUGUCAGAACAGUCCAGAAGUCUGAUAGGAAUUGAGUGGUAAAAGGUAAAGGACCCCUGGACAGUUCAGUCAAACCUGACCAUGGGAUGUGACGCUAACCUUGUUUCAGGCUGAGGGAGCCAGUGUUUGUCCACAGACAGCUUUCUGCAUUAUGUGGUGGAGUGGCUGAUGGCAUAAAGAUGCAAAGUUGACUGUAUUCUGCAGGGACUGCCUAUACAUAAAGAAUAUCAACUGCCUUUGAAACAUCACCGUGGUGCUGCACCAAGUACAUAGCCAGAACCAAUGGUCAAUAUAUAUAAGGUAGGCAACCUCCUACCAUAUGAGGUUAUGAAGUUCUGCUGCUUUGUUCAUUACUGAUCUUGCAUCAACAAGCUAGAAAAGGAUUAGUUCCAACCUUUUGGCUGAAGGGAUGAUUGAAGUGUUUCUUAGUACACAUGUCUGAGAUGAGUGCUUUUUUUCUGAGGUACUCAAGGGUACACAGUACAGUGGUAUCUCAGGUUACAUACGGUUCAGGUUACAUACGGUUCAGGUUACAGACUCCGCUAACCCAGAAAUAGUGCUUCAGGUUAAGAACUUUGCUUCAGGAUGUGAACAGAAAUCGUGCUCCGGCGGUGCGGCAGCAGCAGGAGGUUCCAUUAGCUAAAGUGGUGCUUCAGGUUAAGAACAGUUUCAGGUUAAGAACGGACCUCCGGAACGAAUUAAGUACUAAACCUGAGGUACCACUGUACUGGCAAACACAAACCCAACCAGUGUUAACAGUGUGGCAUUUACUGUAGCAACUUCAUGGUGAGUAACAGCACCUCCCCCCCCUUUCUUUUUUUAAAAGCACAGUUUGAGAUGCUUUUUACUACUAAUACUCAUGUGCCAUUCACUUUUCCAAUUGUGACCCUCUUGGUUUCCUUCUCAUGCAUGUUGUUGGCUAAUUCCUGGUUCUGUUGAACUCCCUGAAGUGAUUUCUGUACUUGAGUGGUAAUCCUCACCCUUAAGGGCUUUAAGUCCCCUUGCUGCAAGAGAGAUCUAAGAAUAGAAUGUUGGGCUCCACUUUUUAGGCUGUUUUACAGUAAUGUGUUUUUAUCCAAACAUAUCUAAGGUUCCUUCUAGCUGAGAAACCCAAGAGUUCAGUUGUUCUGGAACUGAACUUUAUGGCAUAGAUACUAGCUGAGCAUUUUCUAGGAUCCUGACUUCUGCAUUCAAAGCUCUUAAAUAACUUUUAAAAUCCCUGCAAGGAAGCUGGAGGGGCCAGCCAGAUGGAGAUGUCAGACACCAACCUGGCACCCAGAGAUCUCUGCCUGGUCAGAGUUGGACACAUGCCAGUCGCAAAGUGCGCCUGGCACCUGAUUAAUUUCAAACACUGAUUUGAGGCAAGUAGCAAUUGUUCAAAGAAUCUUAAGUUGUCAAGUCCUCUGUCCAAGCUAUACUCCAUAGGUGGAUCAGUUGCUAACGAUUAAGGUAAAGGUAAAGGUACCCCUGCCCGUACGGGCCAGUCGUAUCUGACUCUAGGGUUGUGCGCUUAUCUCACUUAAGAGGCCGGGGGCCAGCGCUGUCCGGAGACACUUCCGGGUCACGUGGCCAGCGUGACAAAGCUGCUCUGGCGAGCCAGCACCAGCGCACCGCACAGAAACGCCGUUUACCUUCCCGCUAUAAAGUACCUAUUUAUCUACUUGCACUUAGGGGUGCUUUCGAACUGCUAGGUGGGCAGGAGCUGGGACCGAACUACGGGAGCUCACCCCGCCAUGGGGAUUCGAACCGCCAACCAACCGCAAGUCCUAGGCGCUGAGGUUUUACCCACAGCACCACCCGCGUCCCUCUUGCUAACGAUUACCAGUCCACAAAAGAACUUUGUACUUACUUACCAAGCUGCCUGCAGCAGAUAAAAACAUGUAUUCAAAGGACAGAUAAAACUUUACACCAACCACACACACUGCUUCAGAUCCGUUUCUCCUGGAUAAAUAUGAUUGGCCUUUGUACCUUGAAUAUAUAAAGAUAAAACACUUGUUCUAAUGGAAUGAUUUGAUUUUACCACUUCUGUUUUUAAAACUGAUGAAUCUCUCACGUACAACUUUUUUUCUCUUGCUUUUACUUAUAAAAAAUCCACUGUGAGAAGCAGUAUUCUAAAGCUCCAGUUCCAGUUUUAUUCACUUGGGAAAGUUUGAAACUCACGUGGUGGUAAUGAAAUGCAUUUUAAGAUCUUUUUUGUGGCAGAGACUUUCAUAGUAAAGUCAUGGUUUAAGGGUCAGCAUACACUUUAGAACACCCAGAUACAAUUUUUGAGUUUGUAUCUGAUUUUAAAGGUUAAUGGAAACACAUGGCAGACUAAAGAAAUCAAAGCCACAAUUCAUGCUAAAAAUAGUUAGCUAAGCUGAAAUAGACCUUAAACCUGCAGUUUUGUAUAUGUCGCACCCAUUUCAUUUGGAACAGACGCUCUUACUAUAUGCCUGGACGGACUGUGUACUGUGAAUAAUGCUCUUUUGCGCAGGGCUGUUUUUCAUGCCAUCUGAACAUGGACUUGUGGUGUGUUUCCCGCCUAACAAAUCACAAGCGAUAGUCAGCGUUUGUUCUUGGCUUGCUGCUUGUUGCUUGAUAGUGGGCUAUAGGGAGCACAAUCCACAGCUCCAUACCAUAUGAGAACCUGCAUAUUCAUUAGGUGAGCCCAGCAUUCUUCUUGUGCUUGAGGACAUUGGGCUUUUUGCUCUCCAGAAGCAAGUUCAUAAUGGCAGAUUUAUGCAAUACUAUUUUUCAUUUCAUAAUGAAAUGAAACGAACUCUAAGGAUAAAUACUUCUGCCCAGCUGCCUUCCAUUUACCUUCUGUGGCUGACAGGAGGGGUUUGUGAGGGCAGAGUUUGAGUGGAACGGGUAGGAGAAGCUUGAAGUGUGUAGAGCUGAUGGAAGAAGGUGCAAUGGGAGUGGCUUGGUAGAGGGAGCAGGAAUUGUACUAUUCUGACUCCCUGGAGGCACCAGUUACCCCUGUCCAAACCCUUCUGUUGACUUUGGCUGUGCAAUAAACCUGCAACUUACACACAUUCAACUUCUGCACAUUUAGCUUUACGCACUCAGAAAUUGUAAAAAAUUAAAAGGGGGCAGUUGUCUGGGGAACAAAGUUUUUGGCAAUCCCGUCAGCUGUUGAACCUAUUGUGCAAUGGUAGGCAAACUAAGGCCCGGGGGCCAGAUCUGGCCCAAUCGCCUUCUAAAUCCGGCCGGUGGACGGUCCUGGAAUCAGCGUGUUUUUACAUGAGUAGAAUGUGUGCUUUUAUUUAAAAUGCAUCUCUGGGUGAUUUGUGGGGCCUGCCUUGUGUUUUUACAUGAGUGGAAUGUGUGCUUUUAUUUAAAAUGCAUCUCUGGGUUAUUUGUGGGGCAUAGGAAUUCGUUCGUUGUUGUUUUUUCAAAACAUAGUCCGGCCCCCCACAAGGUCUGAGGGGCAGUGGACCAGACCCCUGCUUAAAAGGUUUGCUGUUGUGUUUUGGCUAUACACAAUUUUGGCUUUAGCAUGCUCCCCAGAACGUAACCCUUGCGCAAGUUGCGGGCAUGAUCCUGUUAAAAUGUUUCUGAGCAAAAGUUGCAUGGUAUGUUGAUAACCUAAAGCAGAGGGAAUGUCUAGUAACUAGUGGUAAAAGCAAUUGAGUUCUUACAUGUAUUGUUCCUGUUAAGUUCUUAACAGCAUGCAGCUGUUUGGCUUUGGCAAGCAGUAGAACUCAGGGUGUGGUUCUAAAAUACACAGUCUUUAAGUUAUUGGCACAACUACAGCUUUUUCUUCUUUAGAAUUCAAAACUGAGCAUGCCUUUAUGUUUAAGUCUCUAAAACUUCAAAAAUGUGUGCCAUCAAACGGCAGCAAUCAGCAUUGACUCUUGGAUCCUCUCAACCUGUAAUGAUAAGGAAGAAUAGGGUUGUAUUGUUACUACAGUUUUUUAAAAGAACUUUUAUGCUAUUAUGUUUCUUACAGAAGAUGCAUAAAAUGCUAAAUAAAAGCGUGUGCCAUAGAAGAGCUUUCUGUAAAACCUGGCAGACUGAAGAGUAACAGAUUUUUAUCAUAUAUAGCUCGGGCCAAAAAUGAAUAGCUUUUUUAAAAAGCUACUUGAUGUAAAGAUGUGAAAGUUUUGCUACAACUUGUGGGUGGAAAGGGGAUCAAGUUAGGCUUGUAAGUAAGCCUGAAAAAAACAAAGACAAAAAGCAAUUAAAAGUUUUGUUUUCCUUUGUAAAAUCUGGAGCUUGUAGCAAACCAUCUGUUGCCCUGGAAUAACCCCUUAAUUCAUUUAAACCAUUUUUGUGUGCACAUUCAAGAAGUGUCUCUGAGGCUGAAAUAACUAUAAAGGGGUUGGGGUGGAGAGGCUGGUGAAAUAAUGGAAUUGGACUCCUCUCUGUGUGUCUUCUCUGAAGUUGUGAAGGAUAUAGUACAGCUGUAAGUUUCCUUAGACUAGGUUUAGUUGUCCAUUCUUUCCUCCUGCCUGCUGAGAGUCACUGAGUCCAAGUUAAAAGUUUGAUCUUUUUUGUAACUAUUAAAUCAUAUGUCCUGGGCUAGUCUGCCAUUUUACUCCUUUCCUAAUUAUUUGGACAACGAAUGGUAAUCGGUUUUGAAAGUAGUUUGGCAGCACUAGUAUUACUUGAAAGGAAGACCGAUGUUCUGCUAGUGAAGGGGAUGUGGUGUGCAUUUUUAGAAGAGCAGAUAAAGGAAAAGUUGUAGAAUACUUAAGAGUAGUUAUGAUGAAAAGUAAAUCAAAGUUGGUUGAAAUCCAUAAUCUUUGGUUUCUGUUGCAGUACAUAAUGUUUUCUUGUUCUGGAGUUAAGGGAAUAGUUUCAACAUAAUUUGAAGAAGCUGCUCUGGAGUUACAUGAGAUGUGUCUUAAAUUGUUGCAUUUUGCUGGAUGGACUAUGCAGAUAUGCAUUUUUAUUAAAGUGAGAGAGGAAUAAGGUGAAAAGAGGCUGAUGGUAUUCCAGAGGAGGGAGUAUUCUAUCUAGCUGUUCACAAACUUAGCAUCAGUACUCCUAAGUAACAGGAAAAUUUCAGCUUCUUAUAGUGAGAGAACUUGGAAAAAUAUAUGUGCUGCUUCUAUAUUUCCUUUGUGAUCUUGCUCUGAUAGUUUCAGUUUUUACAUGUCUAGUUGUGACUGAGAAUUUAACUUGGUCAAGCUCUCAAAUCCUAUUCAACAAGAUUGUGGUGGUAAUAGAUCAGCUGUUCUUGUGUUAUGGAAGGAUAGUUCACUGCACUUCAAACUCCAAUAGUUCUCAUCAUUCAUAGCCUUGACACCUCUAUCUGAAAAGCCAGGUUGCAGAGAUAGGUGAAAUCCAUUUUUAUCAAAUCCAUUUGCUAUAAUCCUCCCGUUACCUGCCAGUUCACUUUUUUAAGCUUUAAAGCUUAUUGAUGAGCUCUCUGUGUCCCUGCUGUUGAAGGCUGUGACCGGUGGAUAUCCAAACUUCUCAGUUCAAAUGUUAAAUAUUGCACAACUGUACUGUGUUGGUAAUAACCUCAGAUAUUCUUACAAGGUCCUGGUUCUAACAGUGUCCUUUGUGCUGACACUGCCUCAUUUAUAGUUCUGUCCAUGCAACACACAUGAGUGGCAAGGGCAUGUUGAAUCCCACAGUUAAGAAGCUUCCUUUACCUUGUGAUUCACUAACUGAGUAAUUUUAACUGUGUGCAGGUGCAGAGUUAAUUUUCCUCUUGGACUGGUGCAGCAGAGUAGCCUAUAUUGGAUAGCUCUAAGGAAGGUGGACUGGUUUCAGAUCCAGUGGAUUCAUAGCUGGCUCUGCUCAUCCCCAAAAUGCCAAUGGAAGUUUCACAACAGCCUGCAAUUUUGGGUGCAGCAGGGUCUUUUUGCAGCAGCAAAGGGAAACCUCUGUCAAAUCCCAGCCCCUACCAGCACCACAUAAUUGCUCCUCCCAUCCUCAGUAAUAGUAUAUUUUGGCCACCAGGCAUUUCAUGCUGACUGCAGAAGUCAUAAUAUAUGCACUGUCUUCUGAAGCUGGGUGAUGUACUGAUUCAGGCCUGAUGCACACAUAUCACUAAACCAUGAUUUGUUCAGCCACAGUGUUGCUUGUUUGGCUACUCCACCCCAGAUGUUCAGCAAGAUAAAAAUCAUGAAGAAAGAACCGCUGGACAACAAAAUAAGCUUGGAAGAAACAAGCAGUGCCUUGUCUGAUUGUCUGUUAGAUGACUUGUGAUUUGAACAUGCCACAGUUGAAACAAACCAUGGUUUAGCAUUCUGUGCAGACGCAGCCAUUGUGGGUGGAGAGAAACCAUUUAGUAUAUGCUAGGCAGUUCUGUAUUUGCAGAAGGGCAAUGCCUAUAUCUUUGCUAUGGAAGUUAUUUGGGGUGUAUCCAUUCAUCUCGGAUAACAAGGCAUGACACAACAUGUGCCUACUGAUAAAUUAGAAGCCAGUGGAAAAACUGCCCGUUCAUCUUCCUUCUCUGAAGGCUUCAGUCUGAGCAGUUCAGCAGCUAUGUUAAUAGCUUUCAAUGAAACAGUCUGGUCUCUGAGCAACAAGCAGUCUUUCGGCAGCUUUGACCAGGUGCCAUUUGAUAAAUUUGCUUCAUAGUUUGUUCACCUUGGAAUAUACUUGAACUCAACAGAUGAAUUCAUUAUGCCUUGACAUGUUUGACAUAUUCUGCUAAAAUGUUAGGCUUGGGGGGGAUUCUGUUUAUUAAGUUGUUUACCAGCAUGUUGUUAAAACAGAUAGGUUCAAACAUAUGUGCUCUUAAGAUACUCUUCAUAACAAUCACUUGUAAUAGCUUGGCUUCUAGUAAUAAUAAUAAUAAUAAUAAUAAUAAUUUAUUAUUUAUACCCCGCCCAUCUGGCUGGGCUUCCCCGGCCACUCUGGGCGGCUUCCAAAAGAAUAUUAAAAUACUAUAAUACAUCAAACAUUAAAAGCUUCCCGAAACAGGGCUGCCUUCAGAUGUCUUCUAAAAGCCUGGUAGUUGUUGUUCUCUUUGACAUCUGGUGGGAGGGUGUUCCACAGGGAAGGCGCCACUACCGAGAAGGCCCUCUGCCUGGUUCCCUGUAACUUGGCUUCUCGCAGUGAGGGAACCGCCAGAAGGCCCUCAGUGCUGGACCUCAGUGUCCGGGUAGAACGAUGGGGAGGAGACGCUCCUUCAGAUAUACUGGACCAAGGCCGUUUAGGGCUUUAAAGGUCAGCACCAACACUUUGAAUUGUGCUCGGAAACGUACUGGGAGCCAAUGUAGGUCUUUCAAGACCGGUGUUAUGUGGUCUCUGCGGCCGCUCCCAGUCACCAGUCUAGCUGCCGCGUUCUGGAUUAGUUGUAGUUUCCGGGUCACCUUCAAAGGUAGCCCCACGUAGAGCGCAUUGCAGUAAUCCAAGCGGGAGAUAACCAGAGCAUGCACCACUCUGGUGAGGCAGUCCGCAGGCAGAUAGGGUCUCAGCCUGCGUACCAGAUGGAGCUGGUAAACAGCUGCCCUGGACACAGAUUUGACCUGUGCCUCCAUGGACAGCUGUGAGUCCAAAAUGACUCCCAGGCUGCGCACCUGGUCCUUCAGGGGCACAGUUACCCCAUUCAGGACCAGGGAAUCCUCCACACCUGCCCGCCUCCUGUCCCCCAAAAACAGUACUUCUGUCUUGUCAGGAUUCAACCUCAAUCUGUUAGCCGCCAUCCAACCUCCAACCGCCUCCAGGCACUCACACAGGGCCUUCACUGCCUUCACUGGUUCUGAUUUGAAAGAGAGGUAGAGCUGGGUAUCAUCUGCAUACUGAUGAACACCCAGCCCAAAUCCCCUGAUGAUCUCUCCCAGCGGCUUCAUGUAGAUGUUGAAAAGCAUGGGGAGAGGACAGAACCCUGAGGCACCCCACAAGUGAGGGCCCAGGGGUCUGAACACUCAUCCCCCACCACCACUUUCUGAACACGGCCCAGGAGGAAGGAGCGGAACCACUGUAUAACAGUGCCCCCAGCUCCCAGCCCCUCAAGACGGUCCAGAAGGAUGUUAUGGUCGAUGGUAUCAAACGCCGCUGAGAGAUCCAGCAGAACUAGGAAACAGCUCUCACCUUUGUCCCUAGCCCGCCGGAGAUCAUCAACCAGUGCGACCAAGGCAGUUUCAGUCCCAUGAUGAGGCCUGAAUCCCGACUGGAAGGGAUCCAAAUGGUCCGCUUCUUCCAGGCGUGCCUGGAGUUGUUCAGCAACCACUCGCUCAAUCACCUUGCCCAAGAAUGGAAGAUUUGAGACUGGGCGAUAGUUGGCUAUCGUGGCCGCAUCUAAAGAUGGUUUUUAAGAAGCGGUUUAAUAACCGCCUCUUUCAGCGGGUCUGGGAAAGCUCCCUCACGGAGGGAGCAUUCACCACCCCACGAAGCCCAUCGCCCAGUCCUUCCCGGCUAGCUUUUAUAAGCCAGGAUGGGCAAGGAUCAAGGAGGCAAGUGGUUGGUUUCACUCGUCCAAGCAGCCUGUCCACAUCCUCGGGGGUAACAGAUUGGAAUUGAUCCCACACAACUUGACUAGACAGGACUCUAGCACUCUCCCGCCCCGGCCCUGCUCCCACGGUGGAGUCUACCUCUUCUCGAAUCUGAGCGACUUUAUCUGCAAAAAACUUUGCAAAGUCCAUACAUGAUGCAAUUGUUAUAGUAACUGAGAGGGUAUCCUAUCAUUUACUGUACAAUUAAUGAUCAUUUGCUGCCAAUUAUAUUUUAGCUUUAUUGGUUUGGAUUGCAAUGGCUGCAGAGCUAUGGUGCUGAAAGCACUUUCAGGGGCCAGCCUGCAUCUUUUAAUAAUAAGAUAGGUUUUCACUUCUGGGGUUCAGACACUAUCAAACUGUGUACCCAAGUUGCUUCCUGUGCUGUAAACUUCCUGUCAUCAGAUCAUGAAAGGCACCUCAGGUAAUAACUAGGAAUUCAUACGUGGGUGGAUGUGUUUGCUUUGGCAAGCAGCCUUAGUAACACCAGCAUACCCAGGAUGCUGGCAGACUGCUUUCAAUACUUGACAUUGCUGGGAUACUGAAGAGUAACUUACUGGCUUGCUAGAAGGUAAAUGUACCUUCUGAAAAAGUCAGUGACAGGUUGUUUUGAAAUUCAUAUUGGGUUUAUGUUCACCUUAGUCCUUCAGUAAUGUUACAUAACCCAAAAGGGUUAUCAAUUGCAUCCAUAAAUCUUUUGUUUUAAAAAAUUAACAUGGGCUGAAUGGCUAGGUAAAGGUAAAGGGUAAUAGCUAUAAAUGCAUUCUAAUAUAAAGUAGCCGAAGUACUGAGGUAAAUACUAAUUUCCAUAGAUUGUCAAAAUAUAAAUUUCAUUAGCUAUAAUGUUUGUUGCUUAAUUCAUUAAGGAGUCUAGCAGGUCAGCUAGGAAGCUAUUCACAGUGGUGACCUCUGUCAAGCUUCAUAUUUUGGUGUUAUGUUGGUCCAUGCUUUCUUUUGUGGAAAAUAGUGACUUUGAAUGUACAGAACUGUAUGGGCAUCACUAUAAUGCCAAGGGUAUUCUGUGGUGUCUGAACAUGUGUGGGUGAUCUCCACAGAGGCAUAAUAGAUCUUGUGUUGUAUAAGGCAAAGACUUAAGUAUGAGGCUUGAAUAGCAUUUUAGAAAUAAUUUGCAAUACAGUAUUGGAGGCUUUAGGAAAUGUAAGCCUUUCUCAUGAACAGGAAUGGCAGAAAACCUACGUGCUUAUGGAAGGGGCAUCAUCUUGUGUCAGGAGAUGAAAAUGGAAGUGGAAGAUGGAUCAGUAAUAACUUGAACAUGUGAAACAAUAGACAAUUUGAUCAUAGCCACUUAAGCUGGUCCUGAAGCACAUGCCACAAUGCUUUCCUUCGCUCUUCCCCCAAGGUAUCCUCUUAACUACUGCACUGACAUGAAAGGAGCACAUUUCUAUGGGUUCAUCCAAUUAUAUACAAGGUCAGCAUCCUGGGCUGCUGAUUCUAUGGAAAAGAGACAUGCAAUUGGCCUCUGUGCAUGUGCUUGUGAGCCUUCCAAGGUUAUAUAAGCACCAUGGGAUGCACCAGGGGAUGAACCCAUGGAAAAGCCUUCCCCAUGUUAGUGUAAUAUUAAAGGACUGCCUGAGCAAACCUUUUACCAUGUUGGAGAAAUAUGGUAGAUUGGUUCACUAUUUAUAUUGAGAUCCGAGUUCAAUUUUCAUUUAAACCAUGUCCUUUUUUGUAGGGCACAAGAACUGAGCAAUGAAUAAAUUACGACAGAGCUUCAGAAGAAAGAAAGAUGUCUAUGUCCCUGAAGCAAGUAGGCCACAUCAGUGGCAGACAGAUGAAGAAGGGGUUCGGACUGGCAAAUGCAGCUUUCCUGUUAAGGUAAAUAUAUUUACUCUUUUAAGAACUGCAGCAAACUUCUAAAUCCUGUUUGUGUUUGGAUCAUGCUAACAAUAGUUACGUGGAAGAAUGUUUGUAUUUGUACAAAUCCUGUUUCUUGUCUAUGCACACAUUUUCUUUAUAGUUCUUCCCGUAUAUAAAAUAUCGCUGGGGCUGACUAAAGAAAUGUUGGUUAAAGAAAGAAUCUUACAAGUUUUGCUUGUUUAAAUUGGCAUACAUUAGCACAUGUAUAAAGCUAUAGUCCGAAGAAUAAGCAUAUUUUGUUAUUAAAUUAUACAAUAGGCAUCUUAAAUGCAUUUGUUAUAUAGGGAAGGGGUAAUGUCUCUUUAAAGGUUAAUUGGAGAACCUUUUAAUCAAAAGGGUAUUCGCUGAUUGAUCAAAGUAGUUAAACAUGACAUCAUGCAGUCAUAAUUUUUUUCCAAAUGUCUUCCAUGCUAGUCAGAUUAUUUUUUUAAAAAGUUCAUUAUAGAAAGUUGCUAGCUAAGCCAAGGGUGUGAUUUACACUUUCGGAACAGUGUUAAAAAUUAUUGUUCUCUGUUUCUCACAGCAAGUCUCACCCUUUAGUGGAUAACUAAUUUUUUCAUGCUGCUUAGUAGUGUUAAACACCCUUUAGCAGAUAGGAAUGGCUGUUUUAAUGGUUCUCAUAAAUCUGUAUUGUGUGUCCUUGAGUUGCUUCAACAGAGGAGGUAGCAGAUUAAAGAAAGAAAAUAGCAUUGUGCUUUUUGAAUCUGUUUAAGUGGAUAUGAAAUAAGGGACCUAUUGCAAGCGAUCUUAAGACAGGCCAGAAUAUGAAAAGAGUAGGCAACUCUGAUGCUAAGAGGCCUAUGUCUUGAUACGGUGCUUGUACUGAUCCAUAUUCUACACUGGUGCAACAGUAUUCUUACCAGCAGCUCACGGUCAUGGCUUUUAUAUCUUUUGUCCCAAACUACCUCUUUCCACCUUAUAUUGGUGUUCGCAAUCAACUGUGUCAGGUAGCUCUUAUUCCGUUUCUUGCAGGAGUCACACACAUAUGGAAUACACACAAGAAUGCAAUAAAUAAUUUCUGUAGAUCUAAUGGGGAUACUUUUGUUGCAAACUGACUGCUUACAAAGCAGAUAUUCAGUAGAAAAGUGUUUUUAUCAGUUAUCCAGGCUAAUAAUAGUACAGUCUUAUUUCCCCCUAAAUUCUAUUUUCUUACACUUGUUUUGUAGUAGAGGUGGUUUUCUUUUGUAUUUGCCUUUCCUACUCCAUUAAAGUAGGGCUGCAUUUAUAGAAGUAGAGCUGCAUUUAUAGAAAUUAAACUCUUUCCAGUAAGUAGAAUGCUUACUUUUUCAUCUGUGUUUAGUACAGUUUCAGCUGGCUUGAUGUUUGACCUUUGCAGUACUGCCUUUGUGGUACUGUUGGUGUGAGAUAAGCAUUCAGGAGUGGUAAAGUAAACGUUAAUCUUCUGACUUGCGGCAAAUGGUAUUAUUAUUAUUAUUAUUAUUAUUAUUAUUAUUAAUUAUUAUUAUUAUUAUUAUUAUUAUUAAGAAGACUCUAUUUCCACCAAUGUCAUUUAUUUGUCAUUGUGUUUAUAAACCUCACUGGAACAUUAAAUAGGUAAGUAAAUGAGGAGACGUAAGAUGCAUUUUCCAGUGUCAGAAUGUGUACCUCCAACGGAAUAUCACACACCCAUACCUGACCAGAAAUACAAGAGCAUGGUUUUAUAGAGUACCGAGAAGCUUUAUAUAGCAAGAAGAUACCUGCUUUUUUUGCUUUUUAAAAACAACAGUGGAAGUCUUGCUGAAUAGAAGAAAUUGGAAAGAAGCACAAGUUAAUGGGCAUUUGUGAAGACCCCCAAAUUGCAGAAAAAAUGGAUUUGGUUUGGCUUUCUUUACUUUUUCAAAGAAAUAUGGAUGAUAGUACAGUCUUGCAUACAAGUCAAUCUACAGUUUGUAGAUGCUUUGCUGACCUCUUUGAGGGUUGGAACCUUGAACUUAUUCUAAGAGUGGUGGACAAAAUCAUAUACUAAAUAGCUGUGUUUGUGGCAUGGCAUUGGGAGGAUGGGACAAUUUCCCCUGUCCCUCAAUGAGGAUCACUUUUGGUUCUGUGGCUGCUGCUUGCGAAUCUUUCUAUUUGAUCCUACAAACUACAGUGUAGAACUCUUCAUUCUUGACGUUUUAAGCACAUGAGGUGUUCAAGCUACCAGUCCAGUUCUAAAUGCCACUGUUCUGUAAUAGAAUAGUAGCCAUAACAUGGAGACCUAUCCUACUUGCAUUUGAAUGGACUUGAACAUAUGAACUUUGCUGAACUAGGUACUGAUGAAUUGAAAUUAUUCCACUAGUACCAAUAAUUGCUUAGAAUUGCAUAUCUUCUCUCUGCCUCAUUUUUAUUGGCAUGGGAUGGGGAAGAGUUGGGCUUUCUCAAGCUUAUGAAAUAGGUGUAAGAACUUAAAUAAUUUCUGUAACGCUCUGUGCAAUUAGGAACUUAAGAUUUCAUUCCUGUUAGAAAUAGGCCAACAAAUAGGGCCUUUAGAAUAAAUCAACUUUAUUUAAUCUUGACACCUUUUUCCUUGCCUAUUUGCAUGAGGUAAAUUGCCAGGCAAAGUAUUUAGAUUAAGCCUAUAUAAUUAGUAACAGUGCUAUGGUCAUUGGGAAUGUAUAAUAGUUUGCAUACUGUAGUUCCUUGAUGAAAUAUAACAUCCCUUUUUCAGAAUGAAGACUGGCUGGACAUACAAAGUCAUUUUGUAUAACACUGCAGCAGUCAUGUUCCUGCGUAUUAGCCCCAUCCAUAACAGCCUGUUAAAAAUGAGGAGCUGAUUCUAGAGCCUUGUUUAAAUAAAUGGCUUGUCAGUAGUUGGCAUUAUAUUAGUUUUAUCUAUGAUAUAGUACAUCAUAACAAGUAGAAUUAGACUGAUCACCCAGAGAAGAUUCUUCAGUAUUAUAAAUUCUAGGAUUAAUGGAAACCACAAAAUCAUUUGUUGUAAGGAAAGACUGUCUUAACCAUGUCUCAAGACAGCACUUGGAAGGUUUACUAUUUAUGGACUUGGGUGGAAGGGCAAUAAAAUGGCAAGAUUUCAUUGGUCCGAGGACAGUGGCUGUGCCUGGUGAUAUAAAGAUCUUUUAAAUCCUUCUCACAAUCCUAGCUGCUAUGUGGCCUGUUUAAAAAUCACAUGGCUGUGUUCUGAGUCGUAGUUUUGUCCAUAGACUUAUAUUUUGUCUGAAUUAUGUUGAGGGUGUAUAGUAUGUGUGAAAAUACUGGACUACUUAAUCCAGCUGAUACACGAAGAUAAAUACAACUACAAAGUGCUGGUUUAGUCCAAUUAUUCUAAUCGGUGCUUUCCCCCUCCACUCUCCCUUUCAGUAUCUGGGACAUGUGGAAGUAGAUGAAUCAAGAGGAAUGCAUAUAUGUGAAGAUGCUGUGAAGAGACUGAAAGCUGUAUGUAUACUUAUUAAAAUAUUAUUUUAAGUAUGCAGUUGUUUUCCAUUUACAGAGGUUUUUGUAGGGGAAUUUAAAUAGCUGCCUUAAAGCAGAGCUUAUGAUUGCAGAGGCAUACCAGUACAAAUUAGAAGAACUAAAACCAUUGCUCUGUCCUGGUCAAAGUAGCUAUUCUGUGUUCUUAAAACAGUUCUGAAAGACUUAGGCUUAUUGCUGUGGUUUUUUUUUUUAAGGAGACCUCUCUCGGAAGUAUGCUAUUUGUGCUUCAAACAAAUGCCGCUAUCUUUAUAUUAAGCUGGUUAGCUUUUUGGAUAGUUAUUCUCUGUGCUAUAUGGACUGGGACUGCCAUAGCAUGUAUGUGCUUAGAGGCAUUCACUUUACUGCUGUACUUAGGUGUCCAGAUGGUUAACUGAUACUAGCUGUAAGGAGUGUUUACUCCUCCUGAUACCUGCUUCCACUCAUGACUGAAGAUGGGGGAGAACUGGAAAAACCUCUCUUGAAUAUUUGUAGUGAUCAGAUUCCUCACUAAGAAGAAAAACAUGCCAUAUAAGAUCUUCUAAAUUAGGGGUGGGGAAACUCCGGCCUAGGGGCCUCUUUAUACUCCAGCCAAGCCAUGUCCGCCUGCCCUACACCUGAUGCAUACACCAUCAGAAGUGGAGCAGGUAAAGAGGGGGGGAGUUGGGUGAAGGGGACUUUGCAGGCACCCCCAAACACUGUGCUUUCUAAGCCCUGAUUAAUAGCUGAUUGCCAUGGCUUAGAAAGCCUUUUGCAUGCUUUGCAAAGGCAAAAAGGAUCACCUGGUAUCAUUGUGACAUCAAGUGAUUGACAGGAGAUUGGGUCCGCCUCCCUGAACCUGGCUUGGCAGGGUUCCAGCCCACUGGCUAAAUUCUGUUCUGCAUCCCUGUUUUAAAUGGAGUAGCUGACUUUUGACACCCACUGAUUACAUUUUUUUAGUUGUUUUUGUGUUCUUCAUUGACUGCAUCAAUAAAUCUUAAGCCUACUACAAAAUACUAAAAAGAUUUUUAAAAGGUCCUCUUGCAUGCGAAUAUAGUGAUUUCAGACUCAAACCUGUUGUUUCCUUCUCUCAGUCACAGACAAGAGGAUGAAAAAAUGGGCUUUGAGCUUUUGAAUGAACUCCAGUGAUCUGAUUAGAUGCCAUCCUCAAUUUCUCAUUGUUCUUAGUCUUGAACAUUUUGGAAGAUGUGAAUGCUAUACUCCACAGAGCAUUUCAGGGCAGGAAGAAGUCUCAGACCUGUUAGUAUAAAUGAUGCUCUCCAUAUUUUUGGGGGGGGGAGCAAGCACAUUGUCAAAUUAGUUAGAUGAGUGUCUGGUACAAUUAAAUACAAAGUGAUCAAUAAAACUACCCCCCCCCCCAUUUCUAAGCCCAAAGAGACAGAUGUUUAAAGUUGUGCGUAUAACAGAUUUGGCACACUGCACACUACAUUUCUGGAAUCAAAGAACAUAACUUCAGUCUUUGAAUUCCCUGUUCAUGUCCAUAACUUAAACAAAAUGGUUGUGUACUAUAUCCAGUGAAGAUAACUCUGAAAUAACAGUCACUUGAAACCACCUAUUACACACAGAUGGCACAUGGAAAUCACAAGACUAUGGGCCUUCCUUGUGUGGCAUUCAACACAAGAGACUUCUAUUUCUACUGAAAUCUUAAGCUCAUACAGCUUUCGCUUAUACUAUUCUAUAUAGAUUAACUGAUUAUGCCAGACCAUUUGUCAAUAAAGCCAAUUGAUAUUGACUUUAGCGCUGCUUUUCUAAAAUAUUGAUGUAUUUCACUCCCCUCAAGCCACUUCUACUGAUUACUGAGGAGCAUUCUCAUAUUGAGACUUAAAAUGUCAACCAAACAUCCAACUGUAGAGAUCAUUCUUAAGUUGCUGCUUUUUGUUUCUGUUCAUAAAUGUGGAUUUUCUUUCUUAGCUUAUACCCAGGAUUUUGUUUUGUCGACUGAACUUCCAUUUUCGCAGGGCAACCGUGUCUCUUCCAAUACAGUAGAACAAUUUCCUCUCAGAACAAGUCAUAAGUCAUUCAAGGGCAGUUGAAUCUUGAUGUAUCUAUCUGGGUGUAGCAAUCUGAUGUUGUCAAAACAGACUGACUUGUGUGUGGUAAACUCUUAAAUGGCUAAACCCGGUUUCUCCUUUUCUGUGCUCUUCAAUGGCUGCAGUAAAUUGUCUUCACUGGACCUGCUGCAUGCCUCAGAUUUGGAUAAUAAUACCAAAAAGAUUAUGUGAGGAAGUGCUCCCCCAAAGAUAUAAAACGUUACUUUUUCUUUCUUUUUUAGGACACACUGCCUUUUACUUUCAGUUACGGAGAAACACAUAUCCAAGCUCACUAGAGGAGGGGUGGGAAUAAUUGAGUUUAUAUACUUUGGUUGUCACGGUUGCUGGAACAUGGCAUAGUUUCAUUAGUCUUAUUCCUAACUCUACUUAGAAUAGUAUGAAUUGACAGAAUAAAAUACUGAUGUACAAUUUUUACCACAAUGCUUUUAAAAUGUAGCUUUCCUCUUGACAAACAGCAUUUUACCUGCCCAUCAGUAAACUGUGUUGGAAGCUGCCUGUGUCUUGUCUCCAUCCUCUCUCAUUUAGUUAAAAUUGUCUUCAGUGUUAGUGUCUUUAACAAGUCUUUUUUUUGUUUUGUUUGUAAAUAUGAUACAUUUGUUAAUGUAUUUUCUUGUUUUAGCAGGUAAACGAAACUUAAUAGUGUUUGAAAAUACUAGUGUAUCUGAAUAUUAACUUCCAUAGCUACCCUAAAAUCCAUUUUGCAUGUUCUCUAUCAUUAAUACUUUUUCUAGAACAUCUAAAUUUUUCCAAGUUAACACCUUUUGAAAAUUAAACCUAAUUACAGUUUCUUAAGCAAGGUACCUUACGGACCUCCUGAACUCUGGCAUAUCUUCUGAAGGCUUAUAUUGAUAUUUAAUGCUUAACUUGGCAGUGGUGGCAUAUGUGUGUGUGUGUGUGUGUGUGAAUGAGAUUGAUUAUACAUUUUCAAACUGGCAACUUAAAAAAAGGAAUCCCAUAACAAAUCUUCAUGUAUGUACCCCUAUAGCAUUUUUUUAACCUAGUGCAGUUGUUCCAUUUUUCUUACCAAUAUUUUUUUGUAAUAAGCUAUCUUGAAGACAGUUUUAAUCAUUUAAGGCAACAAUAUUAAGUUAGAUAUUUCAUCACCCAGUGCCAUGUGUUGAAAUAGCUGAUAGAUGGCAGAGAAGGGGCAUAAUGUCUGUAAAGCCUGCUGUUACUUCUAGGCCCUUAAGUAUCAGAGAUGACCACAGAUGUGGCCUUGUAUCUCUUGUACAUAUGAAGAAACUGCUGCCGCCAUGUAGGAAGACAUUCAUGAUCAGCAGCUCACCAUGCAGAUUGACUAACUUUCUCCAAACCACCAUAAACGUUUUGUACUGGAGGCUGUGAAGCUUGUGAAGCAAGCCAAAGCCCAUAAAUGGCUUGCUUCAUGGUAGUCAUCACAGGAAUAAUUUAAAGCACUGUUGAUCCCAUCCCUUAAUUUUCAGUGAAGGUUGUCAGGAAAUAUAUAUCUGGGCUUUUGUUUGUCUCUGAAAUGGAUAAAUAAUUUUAAAAUUGCCUGUGAAAUAUAUCUUAAAGCUGCUGCAUUUAAUUGCCAUCAAAAUGUGUAAUACUCCCACUUCGCUGAUUGUGCUUGUCAAAUCUACCACAUUUUCUAUAUGUAUACUGCAAGAUGUGUAUGAAGUGUUCCUGUUCAGUAUACACGUUGUUUAUUUGGAAAGCUUCAUAAGUUGCUUAAUCACAAAACUCUAAGCACUAUAUACAUAUAGUAACAGUGAAGCGAGAACUCUUAGAUGAUGCUGAUAGUUUACUUGUAAGUUUCUGGAUGGUCUGUGUGUGUGUGUGUGUGUGUGUGUGUGAGUGAGAGAGAGAGAGAGAGAAAGGAAGGAAGGAAAAAAGAAAGAAAGAAAGGGGAGUAAGAAGCCAAAAUCUAAUAUGGAGCCUCUUCAGUGAAAGAAUCCACAUUCUAAAACAAAAGAAACUGCGGCAUAAAUAUCCCCUACACUUUCUAUUAAAUUUGCUUUACAAAAUACUGUUGGAAAAUCAUGAUGGAGGGUAUAUGAGCUUAAACACAAACACCUUUUCUAAGCAGGCUUUUGAUAAGGACUGGAAAUAUGCUCCCCAAAUUAUUUUCCUUUUGCUGUCAUGCUAUUUGAGCUCUGUUAAUUAACUCGAGCUUUUCAAAAUUUAUCUAAUGUGCUAAUUUCAAGUCAUCAUCAUCCAAUUUGGAACAUCUCCAUGUCUGCUGCCAAGUUUGGCUUGUAACCUACUAAAAGCUAAAGGGACAAACAAAACGAAGUCUAAAACAUUUUGCAUGAAAUUGGGUCUGAUUUUUCCUUUCCUUUCCACCAAUUUCAGAGCUAUGGCCUGUCCUAAUAAAAGCCCAUGUGAUGCUUUCUGUGUGCAUUUUCAUGGGACUUUCCACAUCUGCCUGUCACAUCCUCUAUGGAUAACCCUAAACAUUCCCUACUUUCCUUCCAAUCCCCAUUUUUUGUAUGUAUGUGUUGGUUUAAAACCCUGGGACACUUUAGCUACCUACAGUAAUAGCAUUCGACUUGUCCCCCCUGUUCCUCCAGGAAAGGAAGUUCUUCAAAGGCUUCUUUGGAAAAGUAAGUUUAAUGCCUUGUUGUGUUUGUGCUGUAAGGAGUUACAUCCCCAGUAUAGCAUUGCCUUGUGUCAGAAGCCCCGUUCAGACAUUAUGUCUGAACAGGAAAUAGCAACUGGUGUUGAGUGCAUAGGGCUGCACAUGCUGACACUAGCCCAAACACCCCUUCCCUGCCUGCUCAGUCCCAGGCCUUCCUGUGUGGAGCAGAGAAGGUCUAAAGGGAGCUUCUACCUGUCUUAAUCUGAAUGUGAAUGGAAGCUUUGAACAAUCACACAACCUGGUUAGUGUACUCACUGACACUUCUAUUUGCAUUUAAGCAAACAUGGGUAGGAGUCCCCUUUAAGGGAGGGGGCAGGAUUAAAAACUCACACAUUGACUAAUAAUGAAACAUAUGUUGUAGAUAUUUUUCCACAUUUACUACUCUAUUUUUCUGAUAUACAAAUAACAUGAGAAAACUUGGUAUACUUAUUUGUAUAACAUUCUUGUUUAUAAAACCCAACAACAACAACUACAACAACUACAACAAUGGUUUUUUGGGGGGGGAUGGGGGGACAGAAUGAGCUCAAACCAUGAAAGAGACUGUUUGUAAGCUUAAUUUUAAAUAAUUAAAUGUGCAUUUAUUUUGCUAGAAAAUUGCUGUAAUUUAAAAAAUAUUGGCAUUUAAAAUUGAACUAAAAACAGAGAGAACUAAAAAAUAUUUUCUUUACAAAAUCCCACUGAGUGUAAAUCUCUGGAACAUGCUGGCAUUGUCUCCUGUCUCUGGUUGAAAGAGAGUGGACAACAGCAGGCAGAGGAUCAUAAAAGGCUAUACCACACCCAUUCAGAGCUGUGUUUCUCUGUACAUUAACUGUCUGUGUUGCCAUACUUAUUUGUGUGUCAUCUACUAUAAGAUUAUGCCGGGACACGAUUCUUUCAAUCUGCAUUGAGAAAUUGGUGAGAAAGUUGCAGUUGCUGCCAGACAUUUUUGCAGCAUGCCAGAAGUUAAGGGCAACAGCUGGGAAAGCCUCACAUGUCAGGCAAGGAGCAUGAAUUACUUGCCACUGUUCACACACUUCCUUCCUUGCUUAGUUUUAAAGGUCAUAACAGACCUAUGGGGAAAGGGUUAUUCCCCUCCUCCAACUUAUUCGCUUCUGUCCCCCCCCCCCCCCGAAUGUGGAAUAAGGAGGGAUUGUAAAUGGACAAGGACCUGGGAGACUAGGAAUAAAUUUCCCAUGAAACCUACAAAAGACCUUGGGCCAGUCACUAUCUCAACCUAACCUGCCUCACAGGAUUGUUGUUAGGAUAACUUUGGGAAAUGGAGAGAGUUGUUAAAGAUUAACACAUUUAUUAUGGUAUAGACCUUUUUGGGCUAGAGUCCACAUCACUAGAAGCUUGACUCUUGGUAAUCCAUUAAGCUUACACAAUAGUACUGUUAUAUCCUUGAAACCAGUUUCUCUUGUCAUAGCUGCUUAGGUAGUAAACUAUAGAAAACACACACUUCUUGACCAACUAAAAAAGAUCUUUAAGAGGCUUGCUAGAGUCAUUAACUGGUUUCAUCACUUCUAAUCACUACCUAGAAUCCUAACAUGCAGAUAGAAAACCACAGGCUUGGAGACCUAAAAUAUCAUCUAAGCCAAUCCUGUAAUCCUAUAACAAUACAUUUUCCAUAGUCUUGAAUGUGCUACUGGGCUAUUUAUUUUUUCAUUUUCUGCUGUGAGCGCUGACCAGCUGGCUACCUCCUUUGAAAAUAUACCACAGCACUUAAUGAGUUCAUGGCAGUGUUCAUCCCAGCAAACGCUUUGUACUGAAUUACCAAAUAAACAGCAUUUAAAAUUAUAAAUGUUGCUUAGAUUAUAAUACCAUACAUGGAGAGCAUGGCCAGCUAAACUGCAUCACAUCAAAAUAUGGCUACAAUAAUCUUAGCACUUGUUAUUUAGUGUAACGUUAAACAAUCUAAGCUAUAUGUUAUAGGAUAAAAGGUUAAAUCUCCCAGUGUCCUGGAGUGGAGUUAGUCUCUAGGACUCUUCCAAACAAUUAAUAGGGUAGCUGUGAGGAACUUUAUUAGCCCUAGGCCAGUAUCAGUAGUGAGAUCUUCUCUGUUGAUAAGGGGAAAUGGAAAAAGGAAUAGUGAUAUGUAUGCUUCCUUCUAAAAUGUCAGAGGGGUUUUGCAACCCACUCCUAGAUAGUGGGAUUGCCGCAUCUCCAAAGAAGGGAACAGGCUUCAGGCAAUAGCCCUGGAACAUUUGGGAAUGGGAAUUGUAACAGGAAUUUUGUUGGGGCUUGAAGUAUUUGCCAUCUUGCUUAGCCAAUAAAGGAUCCCAUAAGUCACUCACAUAUUUAUAGGCUAACUGUUAGAGCUGAGCCCACUCAGGAUGUCUUACAAAGCAUAAAAACACAAUUGUUGGCAUCCAUCCAUCUGGAGAGACGAUGGAGUGCACUUCUGGGAGUGAAGUCAAACUGCUGCGUUAGCAGCACCCAAGUGACCUUGUUGGGGCGCAAGCCUGGGCAGUGUGUAUGGAGAUCCUGGACUGCCCAGACCACAAGACCCCCCUCUCAGCCUUGCUGAUGUGGUCCAAAGGAAAGCAGAGCAACACAUUUGGCACCAGCUUCGCUGCAGGAGUUGCCAAAGGGAGGCAUAGAAGGCACUAUCCAAGUGUCCUAGGGUUUACUCUUUAGCCUUAUCUUCUCCUGAAGAUAUCCUGUAGUCAGUGGAGGUUUAGGAUCAGUGUUUCCCUUCUGCUAGAUGGGCUACCUUUCCAGGUUGAUAAGCCCCACCUGCCCCUCAACUCCCUCUAUACUGUGUGCAGAAACGGCCUUCUUAACAGUUGGACCACUCUUAGUUUUGUCUGCUCAAUCCUCCAGAGCCUUUCUUCACAUGCAGGGGAAGUCCCUAACUCAUGAAUGCUUUGAGACCCUUCAGCUAUCCCCAAUUUAGCUAUCCCCCCCCCCAGUUUAGCUGACCAGUCAAAGCCAGCGAAUGCAUACAGUACAAACGCACACAUUAUGGGUCAUUUGAAAGUUGCAUAGAAUAGUAGAAUUGGAAGGGAUCCUGAGGGUCAUAGUGUCUAACCUCCUGCAAUGCAGGAAUCUUUUUUUCUGAAUUGCUUUUAUUAAUUUUCCAAAUUAUUACAAAUCAAACCAAAUUAAAUUAAUUUGGAAUAUUUUUGCCCAAUAUGGAAGAGCCCAUGGAACAGAUUUAGGGGGUAUAUGGGGGGGACGGGACAAAAGUUCCGUUUCGCAAGGAGAAAUGGAACUACUUCCCUAAUCCUAUGCUGACUACGAUCCUGUAAAGUACUUCCACAUUUGAUGGUAGUGCUACCGCACGAGUCACGGGACAGAACAUUGGGGUGAUGGGAAGACAGACUUAGAAUGCUUGUUGCUAAAACUGGCAGCAAAAAGGCUACUUGUGGUGUAACUCCUUAAGCGUCAGUGUUAACUGACAGUUUAUUUGGUGUUUAAACAGGUAAAGAAUUUAAGCUUGAAUUCUUUGCCUUUAUUUGAAUGUAUUAACAUACUUGACUCAUCCUGUUCUAUUCUUUCCCCCCUUCCUUUUGCAUUGUGUUCUUGAAAGGCUGGCUUCAGCUUGAUUCUCUGGAGGUUUUGUUGUUUGGUCUGAAUAUCUGGCUUUGGGCACUCCUACUGAAGUUGGAUAUCAUCUGCACACUGACUUUUGUGCUUCUUGGAAAGAGGAAGUCUGCAUUCAGCCUUAUUGACAGCACAGCAGUAAUACUGUUUUUCUUUUUUUUUCUUCCCUGCAAGAGCGGAAAGAAGGCAGUUAAAGCCGUCCUGUGGGUUUCAGCGGAUGGACUCAGAGUUGUUGAUGAGAAAACAAAGGUUAGACACUGCUGGGUUUGGAACCAUCAUAAGCUGUACAGAUAAUCACUGUAGUUCUCACUGCUUCUUCUAUUACAGGGUUUUAAUAACUUCAUACAUGCCUAGUUCAGCGAAUGAAAUAUGCUAAUUACAUAUGGCUCAAAUUUUAUUUGGCUUUUUCUGCCUUUGUGAACUUAGGUCCUUUGAAUUCUUGUUUUGCUUUGUUUGCUUGAAAAGUGUUUUUUGUCAUAGCAAUAAAUAGGGAGAAGGCAACAGUUUCAUCCUGUUCUUUCUGUCCCUGCAGAAAAGCUGAAAGAGAUUAAACUGCAUACAGAUAUGUGAUUGAUCUGAAUUUCAUUCUUGCUGCAUCCUAAGAUUUUGAAAAUCUGUGUGAGAAUUGUUGUUUUUGUUUGUUUUUACAUUUGUUAUGGUGUGUAUUUUUGUGUUUUUAUAUUGUAAACUGCCCUGCGAUCCUUGGAUGAAGGGCAAUAUUAAAAAAAAUAAGUAAAAUAAAAUAUUGCAGUGAGAAAUGAAUAAAAUAUGUGAGGAAGGUAUUAUUUGAAGGCUCUAGAAGCCAGUGCAAUUCAAAUUAAUUCUCAAUCAAGGUUUUCAAUCUUUAAAAUAUCUCUAAGGCAUUACUGAAGGGAGAGCAUUAAAAUUAAUGAUUUGUAUAUCGCUUUAUAUGCUAAUUCGUAUCCCGAAGGUGCAUAUUUUAAAAACUGCAUAUGGCUUUUUAGUUGAAUACCCAAAUGUGUCCAACCCUAUUUUUAGUUUUAAAUGAUGUUUGCGUGAUAUUUGUGCCAUCCUAUUUUAUUGCAGGAGGGUUACAGUUAUUCUUUUAAAAUUGGCAGCCCAACUUGUCCCUUUCCCCAGUAAGCACACAGAGAUCAGCGGGAGUCUUGCCAGUGACUCUAGUAGGCUGGGGGUCACCUAUGUUCUUUGCUCUCUGCUCCUCCCCUUUUAAAAAAGUAGUAAUAGAUGGAGGUGUAUCUGUAGAGGGGAAUAACGCCAACCAAGGACAGGUUUGCAUCCGCUGCAGCUGCCAUUUAAUGUCAAGUAUAAGGAGGUUCUGUGAUGGAUCAUACCCUGUAGUGGCACUGUUUGGAACGCUACAGAUGAUACAACUCUGUCUCUCUGCUGCCUCGAUCCUCUGUGUCAGUGUGGAAGGCAGCUGCAUCCCAGGGACAGCUGUGGAAAUGAUGUACAUUGAAGCGUAAGGAAACUGUUCCAGCAAUGAUUAUAUUUAUACAUGUGACUAAUACCCACUGUGCAAGUCCAGAGCCCCAUGCAGGUUCAGAGUCGAUUUGAUGUGUUGCGUAGUGAAAGAGAAUAAGAUGCGAGUUGGCAAGCUAAUGAUUCAAAUGUUGGGCAUGAGCCUGCUGUAUAGAUGUCUCCGAUUCUCAGCUCCCCACUUACAAUAUAGAGCUGUUGUAAGGGCUACUGAGGCCCCAAACCAGAUGUGUGCAGAUUUGGUAAACAUUAAUUUGCCACUUUCAUCGUAAAGUGGAGAUGAAGAAUCUAUAUGCAUUUUUUUUAACAAAAAAGAGUACAGAGGGGAAACGACUCUUGGCCGCCUUCCCAGAAUUCUGCUUGAAGACCCCCCUCCCUUAUUAACUUUCAGAAUCUGAGACAGCCUGAGGGACAGAGGGUUAAAAGCAGCAGAGCAGAGGUAAAGCAAGGGAGGCGGAGGGUUGCACUCCCACCCCCACUAAAUUUAAUGACUAAAUACACCCCCCCAGCACCCCCAAUUGGCAGCGGCAUCUUUAGCAAACAUGUGCAUAUCUGGUUUUUGACCUGAAAAUGUAUGUGAAAUGCUUUGAAUGCAUGUAAGCCCUUAUAUGGGGACGCGGGUGGUGCUAUGGGUUAAACCACAGAGCCUAGGGCUUGCCGAUCAGAAGGUUGGCGGUUCGAAUCCCCACGACGGGGUGAGCUCCCGUUGCUCGGUCCCUGCUCUUGCCAACCUAGCAGUUCAAAAGCACGUCAAAGUGCAAGUAGAUAAAUAGGUACCGCUCCGGCGGGAAGGUAAACUGCGUUUCCGUGCGCUGCUCUGGUUCACCAGAAGCGGCUUAGUCAUGCUGGCCACAUGACCCGGAAGUUGUCUGCGGACAAACGCUGCCUCUGCCUAUAGAGCGAGAUGAGUGCCACAGCCCCAGAGUUGGUCACGACUGGACCUAAUGGUCAGGGGUCCCUUUACCUUUACCUUUUAAGCCCUUAUAUGAAAGUCAAGUGGUGGUGUUAUUAUGCCUCUUACUAUUAUAGUUUUGUCUAAGUCAGGAAUCAGAAGCCUAUGGUCCUUCAGUUUUUGUUAGACUUCAGCUCCCAUCAGCUUGAGCUAGCAGGGCCAUUUGGCAGGAGUGGUAAGGGUUGCACUACAGCAGCAUGUGAAGGGCCAAAGUUCCCCCACACCUGAUUAAAGUCCUGUGCUUCCAAUGGUUCACCUGCCCUCUGUUCCCAUAAACUAAACUCUCUCUAGAGCUGCUGAUGUUAUAUAUUUAACUAUUUUAAAAUGCAGCUGAACUUUGCCACGGAUGCUUGAGAGCCAGUUGCUGUUUAAUAAACAGCUUAGCUUAAAGAUGCCAAUAUUAAAACUCUGCUACUACACUCUAUAAUGCUUGAUGGUAAUAUUUCAGCUCAUGUGGGAAAUUGAUUGUAAUAUUGCCCCUUGGUGGUUGGAUGAAUUAGUACAGGUCUCCAAACAUUGAAUCUCCAAUCAGUACAAUAAUUUUGAGGAUACACUUGCACAGACCUUUGAAGAGAAGCCAAAGUUGUUUUUUUAAGUCACCCCUUUAAAUAUGUGGAAUAUAUGUGGAAAUACAUAAAGCAAAUAUAUCCGGCAAACUGAAAGGUACAACUUUGGUAUUAACCUGAUAGAGGGAAGAAGGAAAUCUAGAAAUGUACUGUGUGGUAUAUUCCAUGCUCCUGUAAUGAUUUGAAUUUCUUAUAUCAUCUUUCUUGGUUUUUUUCUUUAGGACCUUAUAGUUGAUCAGACAAUAGAGAAGGUUUCUUUCUGUGCUCCGGACAGGAAUUUUGAUAGGGCAUUUUCUUACAUCUGUCGAGAUGGCACAACACGACGCUGGAUAUGUCACUGCUUUAUGGCUGUAAAGGACACGGUAAGCUGCUUUUAGGAUCACAAAAAAGCAAGAGGCCAUUUCCAAAUUAUGUCACUUGUCUAGAGAAAUUUAGCUUUCUUGUGGCAAUCUUGUCAUUUAAGAGCAGUGCAUUCAACAGGCUCAGAUAUUUGAAACUGGAAUGUUAAAAUGCUGUAGCUAGUGUAAAUCAUGUAUGUUUCUUAAUAGAAACAAGGAACCUAAUGGCAUGAAUUGCUAUUUUAAAAAAUUGUACAGUAUCUGCAUUAUGAAUUUUAUAGCACCAAUAUUUCAGUAUAUGAACUGACUGAACAGCAUUAACACCUGGCAGUUAAAAUAUAUAUUUAAAGUCUUAAUCCAUGUGUAUGUCUCAUGUCUCUCAUAACCUGUGCUUUAACUGGAUGUAAUAGUUCUGAAUUCUGCUGACCAGAAUUUGUACAGAGAAGGGAAGCUAGCACUGAGUGCCAGCUAUCAUUUGGCAAUGUUUGGAGGAAAUAUGUAGUUCCAUUUUGGUUUCUAAAUGACGCAAUAUCUUUUCAGGGAGAGAGGUUGAGUCAUGCAGUUGGCUGUGCGUUUGCAGCCUGCUUGGAGCGAAAGCAAAAGAGAGAGAAGGAGUGUGGGGUGACUGCCACCUUUGAUGCCAGCAGAACCACAUUCACAAGAGAGGGGUCUUUCAGGGUUACUACAGCAACUGAACAAGCAGAAAGAGAGGAAGGCAUGAGGCAGAUACAAGACACAAAAGGUAAUGCGGUACAAGUCUGGCUAUUGGGAAGUUCUUAAUCAAACUACCAUUUUACCUGGCCUGUCAUUUUAAAUACCAGUGAGAUUAUGAACCCUACUGCAAAAUAACUUCAUUAUACCUCUUGAUAAGGUUUUGGACCUAAAAUAUCCUCAGUAGGCCCCUGAGAGCUUUGGAUUUUGCAGAAACAGAGAUAUAGUGUGUUGUGUAUUCUGUGCGUUAGAUUGAGGAGGAGGGAUUAGUGUAACUCCUUAAUUUCCCAUGUUUCUGAGCUUGAUUUGUCUAAUGUAGGCAUGGAGAACCUUUGGCCCUCUAGAAAGGGCUGUGCUACAACUUCCAUCAUCCCUUGCCAUUGGCCAUUCUUGCUGGGACAGGUAGGAGUUGCAGUUCAGUGAUCUCUGGAGGGCCAAAAUUUUGCCACUCCUAAUCUAAUACUUUGGUUUCUUAAAUACUAAAGGAGCGCCUGCAGAUUUCAUGGCCUGCAACACUUCAGAGCCAGUGAUCUUGGAAAAAGUAAUAAUGAUUUACCUAGUUGGUUAAGAAUAGAAGCUGUCUUAACACACAGACUCGCAAACAAUGGUUGCAUCUUCAUGACAAGAUAGAGCAGAUAAUCUUUUAGUACACUUAUAUUUUCACUCUUGACUUUGUAGACAUGUAUUUGCCCCCUACAUAUUAGGUUCCCCCCACCCAGCCCUUUCCCCUUCUCUCCUCUCCUUGCCCCCCUCCCCAAAUUGGCUUGUUGGGGGGGGAACUCGGAGAAACUGCAAUACAGUAUGUGAGGGAAGAUUAUUCCAUUGGGAAAGCAAGAAUGCUUAAACUGAUGGAAUUUUUGAAACAGUGAAGCACUGAAUUGCUCCCUAUACAUUUCUGUCAAAUCUCUGGCAGAUCAAUGUGCAGCAUCUCCAUGGCUCUUUGCUAUGCAAAAGCCAUUUAUUAAUGGCUUAUUAUUUUGUGUGAUGUCUAUGAAAUGUUCAAACAGAUAAAAGACUUAAAUCCAGCUCUAGAGGGCCAUUUGUAGUGAAUUCAAACGUAAACAAUAGCCACAGCAGAGUAUUUCAGAGGGCUUAAAAUCUUGAUUAAAAGAAGCAGCUUUAACUGCCUUCCUAAACGCAAGCCAUGAAACCAGUGCAGAUCUCUCAAGGGAGUUCCAGAGGUGGGGGCAGCUACCGAAAUGCCCCUGUCAUAUGUUAUGGAUACCUGAAGGGACACUGAGAAGGGCCUCUGUGAAAGAUCUGUGUUCUCAGGCAAGAUUAUAUGGAAGAAGGAGGAGGAGGAGGCAUUUCAGGUAAUCUGGCCACAAGCCAUUUAGGUCUUUAUAGGUAAAAAUGAGGACUUUGAAUUGCAUUUAGAAAGGAAUCCAGUGCAUUUGUUACAAAAGGGGAGUAACAUGAGUCCUACAUCCCUAUACCCCCAUAAGAUGCCUAGCUGCAGCAGUCUGAACCAAAUGAACCAAAUGACAUUUCUAAACAGUCUUCAAAGGCAGCCCCAUUUAGAGUGUGUCAAGAUGAGAGGCGAUUUGCUACAACCUGAUCUUGAAACAACAGAGCAGUAGCAGUGAAGACGGAAAAUGGAAUUCAUAACAAGUCAUUAUGAUCGUUGAAAUGUUUGCUAAACUAACCUGGAUAGAUUAAGAGGCUAGUUAAUUGCACCAAGCACUGUCUCUGCAUUAGUCAUGAUAAAAAUGCAAAAAACAAUUACUGUAGAAAAAUAGCAUUUUGCAUCUAUCUAUCUAUCUAUCUAUCUAUCUAUCUAUCUAUCAUCUAGGAAGUUACCAUAUUGUUUUUAAUUAAUUUAAAAAAAUCUCUGAAGAACCCAAUAAUAAAAAGGUUUCUUUAUCUUGAUUAAAAGAACCCAGUGAUAAAAAGGUCUCUUUAUCUUGAUCCCUGUGUUAACUUUUUCCUGCUAUUUUUUCUCGCAGUUGAAACUGAUGUGAAAGCGGUGGUGUCGAGUGUUGUACCUGGCAAUACAGCCCCAUCACCAAGUUCCCCAACCUCUCCUAGUGCUGAGGUUGCAUCCUCUGCUGACAAAGAGUCAAAUAACCCCCAUGCUAUCCCACGAAGACAUGCUCCCAUAGAGCAACUAGCCAGACAAGGCUCUUUCAGAGGUUUCCCUGCUCUUAGCCAGAAGAUGUCCCCAUUUAAACGACAGCUCUCUUUGCGAAUAAAUGAGCUCCCUUCAACGGUUCAGAGGAAGAGCGACUUCCCCAUGAAAAACUCAGGUAGGGCAAAAUUUAUCCCCAUGUCCUUAGUACACUUGGAUGCAGUUUGAGCUCACUUGAUCACCACAUUUGAGAGAGAUCUCUGUAAAGAGAUGUUAUGAUCCUCUACCCCUCAUACCUUCACUGUUUCUUUCUUGAAAUGUCAGUGUCAGGCACCAAUUUUGUUGUUGGCUCUGCACCAAAGUGUACUUACAUUGUGACCUUAACUUCUAUCAACUUUCCUCUGUAUAAUAUUUCUGUGUUUCUCCAUUUUUUUAAUGGAUUUGACUGCAUUCCUGUGCAAUUUUUAUUCUUAUUUUCAGUUCCUGAGGUUGAAGGAGAAGUGGAUAGCAUUAGUUCCCUGUGCUCCCAGAUUACAAAUGCAUUUAGCACACCGUCGGAGGACCCUUUCACCUCUGCCCCUAUGACAAAACCAGUCACUGUAGUUGCACCACAGUCUCCUGCUUUUCAAGGUGUGUCCUCUCUAAGUUUGGGUGCAUUCAUGGUGUUUGUUACAUAUGCAAUGCUGCUUUCCUCCGCCGCCAUUGCUUUAAUGUCUCUAAGUGUCUUGCAGCUGCCUUGUUUGUCUCUGAAGUCAUUAUGCUUUGCUCAUUUUAUAUGCUUUUCCUCAAAAGAUGAGGACCCAUCCAAAACUAUUCAACUAAUUAUAUAAAAUGGUUUCAAAGAGAAGACCACAUUUUUAGCCUUGAAAACAAUUGGUGUGUUGAUUUAAAUGAGGUGCAACUUCAAAGGUUUUUUUUAAAAAAAAUUCUUUUUAUUAGUUUCUCAACUUCAAAGUUUUGAUAGCUUUGCUCAAAGUAACUUAAGACUGGAUCCUUGAGACCAAUAAUAAUUCCAACGAAUUUUGGUGAAAGAGAAAAUAUGAUUAGAAUUUCAGGUUGUGGAGUAGAAAUUGAUUUCAUUAGCCAGAAGAUCUUUACAGUUCCAAGUUGUUGCACACUUUCUCAAUUCAAACCACACCCUUAGUGCUCAGGAAGUAAGAAUGUUGCUCAUGGUCAAGCAAGUAAUAAUGAAAAUAGUAAUAAAUGGGGGAGAAAGAGGAAGAAGUAAGAAUGUGUGGAACGUGAAGUUCACGUCCUUUGGUUUUUCAUGGACACUUUAAAUUUAAGCAUGUGGGUAGGAUAGUAGAAGUCUGUAAUUAAUGGCUUUGAAUUUGCAGUGCAGAUGAAGUAGUUUAACUGUAUUGAUUAGGUUAUAAAAAACAAAUUGGGUUACAUUUGAGUAUAAAAUGUGGAAGUCAUUUUAUUUGCAUUCUGCUUAGGAAAAAUAGUUAAAAAUUACUUGGUUGUCUUAACACCUGAGUCAACAGGAAAUGUAAUUUGCAUCGUAGAAAAUGUCAGUAGAUUAACAGUGUGAAAGAGUGGCUGAGAUGUUGAUGUGUGUUGCAUGUUGGCAGAAAUCAUACAUUUAUUUUUAACAUCCCAGUCACCUGCAUGCCUUGCAUGAAUUAACAGCAUUGAUGUUGUCUGCUCCCAUUUUAGUUAAUGGCACUGCCUCUGCCUUCAGUGUGCUUACUGCUAAACCAGCUCAAACUACUGUAGCACCCACAGCAAUACCAGUUCGUGAAACCAAUCCUUGGGCUCUUGCCCCUGCUGCUAAAACUAGAGCCGCAGCCACUCUUUCUGGUAAGACCGGGCACAGAUCCUGCGUGUUGCUUUCAGAGGGUUGAAGUAUGUGGUGCUGGAUUAGAGGGAUCUUUCAUCUAAGGCAUUGCUUGGGGAUUUUUAAUAUCCAAAGCCAUCUGGUUUGAGGCAAAGCAAAGGAAUCCAUUUAUUUUAUUUACAGCCUUUCUGUUUCACUCUUUGCUACAAAAAGCAAUUCCAGAGAAGAUAACAAUAAAAUAUGCAUAAAGCAAGGCAGAGGAAUUGCAAUUUGAAGAGAGAGAAAAAAAUCCAAUCUGGCAUUACAUUCCUGCAAAGGCCUGGGCAAAUAGCCAAGUCUUUACCUGGUGCAGGAAGCUCAACUGUGUCUGCACCAGUCUUAUCUUAGAAGGGAGGGAGUUCCACAUCUGGGGUGCCACCACCAGCAAGGCUCUCCUUUGCAUCAUCAUCACAAACCAGGGACAGUUGUAGGAAUAAUAAAUAGGUGUUCAAGGAUGUUUGAGGUGCAGCUUUGUACUUUUACUUCAGUAUCUAGGGAAACAUUUAGAUGGCUUGAGAGAGGAUAAGAAUUUACUGCAGGAGCAAGACUACUUUAGUAGCCAGGCUACAUCUGCCACCAUUCGUAAAUUCAAAGCUGGCACUGUAGCAGGGCACAUGGGACUUGUCAACCUGGGAGGGUAGCCUAUCUAGGAGAAGGAAAACUGAUCCUAAACCUCCUCUGCCUUGUGGGACAUCUUCAGGAGAAGACAAGGCUAUGGCGUAAAUCCUACACAAAUCCUGAAUGGAGUUCCUAAGACGGUUGGAUGGUGCCUUGUAUGCCUCCUUCCGGCAACUCCUGCAGCCAGGCUAGUGCCAAAUUUAUUGCUCUGCUUUCCUUUGGGCUAUAUCAGCAAGGUCAAGAGGGGGAAGCCCAGGGCCUCCAUCCCCACUGACCAUGCUUGCGCCCCAAAGAGGUCACUUUGGUGCUGCUAGCACAGUGGUUUGACUUCACCCCUGAAGUGCAGCUCACAGUUAAACUCUAGCAAAGGAUGAACCUACUGAUUUGGGGGCAGCUGUACAUGUAAUGUACCAGACAAGAUCACUGUUUGCAUACCAGUACUUCCCAAAUAUCCAUACAGUCUUGAAUGCAUGUAUGCAUGCAUUUUAGCAAGGGUUGCCAGAUACAUUUACCCAGUGGCAUAAAAAUGCAUGUAUGUCGUACCUUGCUGCAGUGGAAAGCCACAGGUUGGUUGUGCCAGUUGUGUCUGGCUGGACCUCCACAUUUCUGCUUACCAUGGGCAAGUAGCUUAGACCUUUGGCAUAGCAUGAUGCCCAUGUGUACAACGAUCCCUCCCUGAAGUUCUCCAUGAAUUGUGCAGAACUUAUGGGAAGUGUCUUUUUCACACUGUACUUUGGUUGGCUAAAACACCUGUUGCUCAGUGCAGCAUGAGAUUCCUAUUGCACAGAUCAGUGUUGAAGCAUUUUUGGAGCAUGUAGAAGCAGCAUGUGCUGCUCCUUCUCUAAACUACAGAGCAACAUGUGACCUACCCAGAAUCCUCUGGCAUGUGUAGAGGACUUGGGCAAAGUGAAGAAUCAGUGGUGAAGUCCAGCGAUGGCUGACUACUGAGCCAAGCCAAAUUUGUACACCCUUUUUUGGGUCAAUAGAUGUUUAUAUUUACUGCCUCCACUGGUGAAGGCAGUGUGCCUCUGAAUAACAGUUUCUGGGAAUAACACAUGGGGAGAGCGCUGUUGCACUCAGAACCUGGUUGUAGGCUUUCCACAGGCAUCUGGUUGGCCUCUGUGAGACUAGAGGGGUCUUUGGUCUGAUCCAGCAGGACUGGAUUUGAAGCAGAGGCCUUUCAGAACCCUACAAUGCUGUCUGAGGUUCUGUAAGCCAGAAGGCAGGGGCAGAACUUCAUGCUUUAUGGAACCAAGCAUACAAGUUUUACCACUGAGCUAUAGUUUCUCAUCUGAUGGCACGUGAGGCCACCACCUUGCCGAAGAUAAGUAGGCCUGGGUCUGGUCAGUGCCUGGAUGGAUAACAGCCUGGGAACCAGAUAUACACUGCCUCACGAUGGAAGGAAGGCAGGAUAUAAAUGUAACAAAAUUAAUGAAAAUAAAUAGUUGGAAAGAAAGACCCAGAAGCAGCUCCAAGGUGAAGCAUCAAAAUCUGCAUAAGUUGGGGAUUGUUGGACAAUAGUAACAUGCCCUUUCAGAUUUGAAGAGUAAAGAAACUCAAUAGAGGAGGAGGCAGGGGUUUAGCCUUUGCAGAGAAGAGGGUGGGAAUAAGGCAUGAUCCAGAAAAGAAGUAUUAAGUUGAAAUAAGUUAAAAGAAACUGAAAUGCUAAGUAUUGAAUAUUACAGAGCAAUUAGACAGAGGUUAACAGACUGAAUUGCGUAGAAAGCGUAAGCAAGGAGUAUAAGUGAAGGAAGGGAAAGAACGAAAGCAACAAGCUGUCAGUAAGUACAGUUUCAAACUAUCAUGCCAGUUUUGCAAAUGGUGAAUUCCGAGUCAUAGAGUUUAUUUAUUUAGCAGCCAGUACAGAUAUCACACGCUCAGGCUUGUAAUUGGCGAUUGGGCCAUUGCACACCAUGUUUGGCACUCUCCCUGAUUCCAAAGUGGGGUGCAUAAAUUCCCCAGUGCCUGCUUGGAAUGCCAUGUACUAUACUAUCCUUCCCUUAUUAGCCUUUCAUUUGGCCUAGGGCGGGUGGAGAUCCUAAAGUCUGCGGGCCAGUCUUGGCCCUCUAGGUCCACAAUGCCGUUUUGGGCAGGUCAUACCCCGCCCAUGCUGGUAAAAGCAGGGCUUGACCAAAGCCAUGUUAUUGAUCGCCCAAAGUACCUGACAACUAGCUGUGCAGAGCCGAGACCCAUCAUUGAGCAUCAAUCAUCUGAGUGAUUAUUCUGAGUCAAGCAUAUCAGAGAGCUGCCUGCAGUGCAGAUGCACCCAAACUCUGUGGUAAGCAGGUUCAUUCCUUCUGUUCGAGGAAGGGGUGACCCCGAUUAGUGCUGGACUCAAGAGAGCAAUUGGGUGCUCUUUGCAGCAGUUUCUCCCACCUGUAAUUUGACUGGUGGAAGGGGCAAGCCACUUGUCAUUUGUGAUGCCGUGUGACUGACAGGAUAGCCCCCAUCCACCUUUCAAAGUUGGCCUAUUUCUAAGUUCUGGCUCCUGGAGCCAGUAAAAUAAAUCACAGCCCCUGGCCUAGGGGCUGGCAAUCUGGUACAUUCUUGUAGUCCAGUUACCACGGCUUGCACUUUUCCUUUACUGAGCUUUAGAAUGAGGAGCUAUUCUACUGAAACUGAAUGAGUGUAAAUAUUUUCUACUUUGAAAGUGGGACUGGAUGUUGUAAAGUCUGUCUUUGGGCAUAACUCCAGUAUGAACAAGUGCAAGUUCACAUAUGUCCGAUUAAUCAAACCUGCUGUAUUAGUUGUAGUGAUCUCAACUGCUGUUAUGAAACUGACCAGCCUGAUCCAAUUAUGGUUGGAAACUGGAACUUCUUCAAGGUCCCUGUUAGAUCCUUUAUCAAGCAGCAGCGAUUAGAAACAGGAUGAAGCGUAUCCCUUGCUGAGAUCCUACCCUAACUUCUGUUUUCCUUCAUAGGUUCCGAGUGGAGUACCAACUCAGGAGCUGCCUCACCGAAUCUGCUCCAGGCGAACCACAGACGUACUCCCUCCGAGGCAGACCGCUGGUUGGAAGAGGUGUCCAAAACUGUCCGGUCCCAGCAGCCACAGCCACAGCCACCUCCAGCUCCCCAGCCACUCCUCCAGCCUCCUGUGGCUUCUCAAGCAGCCCCAGCUUUUCCAGGCAGCACCUUCAUUGCAUCUCAGCCUGUGCCUGUCGGUGUGGUCCAGCCCAUGCAACCAGCGUUUAUCCCGGCUCAGCCAUACGCUGUCGCAAACGGAAUGCCCUAUUCCGCCCCAAGCGUGCCGGUGGUUGGAAUCACCCCUUCCCAGAUGGUAGCAAACGUGUUUGGCACGGCAAGCCACACUCAAGGAUCCCACUCUCACCAGUCGCCUAGUCUUAUAAAGCAGCAGACAUUCCCCCAGUACGAAACUAACAGUGCUACUGCCAGUCCUUUUUUCAAACCUCCUCCCCAGCAGCUCAACGGGUCGGCUGCUUUCAACGGUGUGGACUCUGCCAAAUGGCCCACAGAGGACAAGCAUGUACUGCCGCCUGCAGCUGCCCAGCAGGUUGAUCCAUUUGAAGCGCAGUGGGCGGCGCUGGAAAGCAAAUCAAAGCAGCGCACCAACCCGUCUCCGACUAACCCUUUCUCGAGCGAAUUGCAGAAGACCUUUGAGAUUGAACUUUAAGCAGUCCCGUGGCUUUGUGCUUAAGUCUGUAUGUAUGUAUGUUGGAAUUGGAUUGGGUGGAAGGGGGGCAGAGGGGACGAGUGGGCAGCAUAAUGCGCCAUUGCUGGUGUCCCCAUGGAAUCAGUGGGCAUACAGAGAGGGAACAAUUGGGGUGGGGUGGGGGGAGACGCUCCAAGCCCCAACCACACAACUAUUGGGAAAUCUAGGAAAUGUCCCUGGGCCGCUUGCGUUCCUGCUUGGGAGCUUCAAUGGCAAAGGAAACCUCAAAAGGGCUGAAGAAGGGAAAUGAGCCCUGAAGCCCUUUCCUCGCACAGAACUUCAGAAGACCUCGUACGAUGAGAAGCAAAUUAGUCGCCACUAUCUUCAGGAGGUGUCUGUCUACCUUCCUGUGAGCGAGCCAUUCCUCUGAGCGGGGGGAAAGAGGGAGGAGUAGCCAGGGGGAUACAAGCUCAGCUGGGGAAUGGGAAGAAGUGAGAGCUGCUUGGCAUAUGCCGUCUGUGGAAAAGGAUGAGCUUCCAUUUUGAGUAACACAAUAAUUAUUAUAUAUAAAAUAAAGCCAAAAUCUUUAUUUUUAUGCAUUUUAGAUUAUUUUAAAUAGUUCUAGGUAAUAAAAGCGGAAUGAGUUGUAAGUAAUCUUGCCAAAGGUAUAAAAGGGGGUUGGAUGUAAAAUUGUACAUAAGAUUGAUUUAUCACUGAUUCUUACGGUCAGUAAUAUGAGAGUAGAAUGGGGAGCAGAGUUAUUAGCUUGUUCUUGUCCUAUCAUUGUAAGUAGCAUAUUGCAACAACAAUCAUGAAUCAUGACCAAUUCAAAAAAAAUCACAGUAGAGUAGUAUUAAGAGCAGUAUUGUCUUGGUUUAAAAACAAUGGGUAAAUUCUAUCUUUUUAAAAAAAGAAUUCAAACUAGAUCAUAUUGGAGUACAUAUAGGUUUUUUCAUAUACUGCUGCAGUUUCCUUGUCUUGAAUCUGUUUUAACACUACUGUGGUAAGUUGACUGUAAUCAUAUCUACAAUCAGGUCUACUUAGGAACCCAUUUUAUGUGCAUUGAAUAGAAUUUAGAUUUUAUUUUUUAUUUUUUUAAAAAAGCUUUUUCCCACUGUUCUGUGUGAAAGCUUGUGGCUAGACUGCAGCUAUUCCAUGUUCUUCCUUCAGCAAAUCAUGAAAAUCCAUCUCAUUUUUAAUUUUACUCGUAAAACUUGGCCUUACAAGCAAACGUAAGUUAUAUAUUUGUACUGAUUUAUAAUCUGCUUUAACAGAAAUAAAUGUUGGUAGUAGAUAAUGUGGCUUUUUGAGCAGGUUUCCUUGUCCUUUUCCUGCAGUGUCUGUACUUCCUUGAAUUUGAAUUCAUCUGGCGCAUGGCUGAUGUAGCAGGCUGCCACUGCCAUUCGCAUUUCCGUAUGAAAUUGAUUACUUGAAAACUAGAACUUAGACUUUUGAACACUUGGUUUGCUCUUGCUUUAUUUGGAGUUCUUGAAUGCUGCGAGCAGAGUCACUAGGUUUCUGUGUGUUGCAUUUGAGAAAUAUGGUUCUUUAUGUACCUGCUUCUGAUCCCAAACUGUAUGGCAAUCUCUUUUUUGUUUAGUGGUUGCUACCGCACUCUACUCAGAGGUAACCCUGGAGAGCAUUCUGUGCUUCCUAUGCAGCUUUAUCAUUCAUAUCCCUGUCAUUCCAGAACUGAUCCAUUUGCAGGGAUAGAGCUGUUUGUUGCUGCAGCAUGAAAAUGAUUUGGCAUGGUCUGUGAUAACUGGCAUCAUCCAUAAUUCAGGACUCUGCCUGACUACACAAUUGUCACUGGAAAACAGUUGAUGAUUAGGCUAUUUUGACUUUGCAAGAUUCAAUAGAAAAGUAAGAAAAAGCAUGAGUCCCUAUACGAAACUAUAACUGCAUCAAAUGUAAAUACAUGCUUGUUUAUGAGAAUUUGGAACAUACCCUAUUGCACCUAUGUACAAAUCCAUCCCACCUCUUUUUCUUAUUCUAGUCAUGAGUUCUGAAAGUAUAAACACACUCUUAACAAAGCUGCCACCAACUACACAAUCUGUUGUUAACCAUAGAACUUUUGCACAAAGCCUCAAGUAAUUAGGCAAGGAUUUCCAUAAGGUGCUUUUGCAUAGUAAAUAGGCAGUUGCUAACUGUACAUGAAUUUGGACGCAACUCCUCAGCAUUUUAGGAACACAUUCCAAAAAGCGAUUCCCUCAGCUAUAUAUGCUACCCAGCUGUUAAAAUCAAACGUUGGCGUACUCCUUCAGCAUUUUUAAAAAUCAUAGCAAAACUACACGUUCUGCCAUUUCAGGAACCUGUGUCAUCAUUUUAUAAAGCAUUAAUACAGAGCUGACUCCAUUUCCCUGCUGUGAGAAGCCAGACCUGGAAUGCCCCCCCCCUAUGUUUUUAAAGCUGCAAAUACAGGGUGCCUGUGCAUCUGUAUCAAGAUUACCAUCCAUUGUGGUGCAGAUGGAGCACUGCGCUGCUAAAUCCCAGAUUGUGUCUUUCCUGAGAAUUGUAUUUUCAUUGUUUCAGAUCUAUAAAAUUCCUGUGAAUUGCAUAGGAUUCUUUUUUCAAUUUUUGAUUGGAUAAAUAUAUAAUUCCUUGCCUGGUUUUUAUAUGGUAAAUCUUUUGAGUGUGCCUUCCCUCUUCCACAGGAAACAAAUUCUGAAUACAAACCAUUUCAAGGAAAUCUAAACUAUCAUAUCCUUGCUGCAUUGAAAAUAUGCAAUCACUGAGUUUGUUUGCACCUUUGUUUUUCAGCUGGGAAAAAAAAAACUUGUGACAUAAUUGUUCCCAUAGCACUCAGCUGUUCAGUGGCAGGCAAUAUACAUUGAUCAUAUAGUUUCUGUCAUCUAAACAUUGCCUGUGUUGUAGAUGCUGCUUUUUUAGAGGAGCAAUAGAUCCAUGUUCUCAACAGUCUUAAGUGAAGCUGUUCCCAUUGGGUAGUCAGAUGAUGCUGAGAACAAAGGCUGACUUAUGAACACUAAUCUCUGGGAUAAAAUGCCAAUGCAUUUUUCUUUCACUCUUCUACAGUGGCCGAUUUUUAACUGUUCAUAGCCCUGCAGCUCACAACAGUUUGGUUCUUUUAUAUCAGCCUUCAGCUAUUUGAAAACUGAAAAAUAGUGCGACCUGAAAAAAUGCAAGUUGCAUUGUGGAGCACUCCUGCCCGGUACAGGCUUCAGUUGUAAACCUAUUUACCUGGGAGUAAGAACUCAGUGGGAUAUGCUUCUUAGAGAUGUAUAGGACUGUGCUGUCAGGUAUGUUGCACUCUAGGUUACUCAAGUCUAGUAUUCAUUCUCUUGCAGAUGCCCACACAUUCUGCUCCAUUAGCAUUCCAUGAUUGCAGAAUAUGCUCGGUCCACACUGGGCUGUCUGGGUGGGUUUUGCUCCCUUUAGGGUUUUUCUUAAAGACUUUUGUUCUUUUGCAUAGUUCCUCUGAACAAGUUCCACCUCUUUUGCAUGGGUGGUAGGUAGCAGUUUGGCUACACAAAUGCACUUGCAGAAUUGUGAUUGCUGAUAAUACGUUAGUGUGUGUGGUGGUGGUGAUCCCAAUUGGUGUAUCCUUUCAUGGAUGCUGCUCAUUCCAGUAUUUCUGAAAUUAGAUAUCUGGGUGUUUUGGAAAGAGAAGCUACCCAUAUAGUCAAUCUAUCCCCAAGCCCAGUAUGGUGUCAGUUGUCACACUAAAUGCUUGUUGUAUUCAAAUGCUGUUGUAUUAAGAAAACCUAUCAGUAGAUCUGAGGGCUGCUUCAUUAAUUUUCUUGCAAAACUGCUCCACUGAGUGACAUAUUGGAGUUAUGGUUUGUGGCUAGACUUGGGUUUUCCUAUAAACUUGGAAGAGUCUAUUGACCUUUUUAUGUGUGGGUAGUUUUGCGCAUAAUUCUUUCCAUCCUGGGGUCUUGAAAGAGCAUAGUUCUGGUGCUUGGCUGUGCAAGCCAGCUUUAAGGCAGAUGUUAUUGCAGUUGGUCAUAAUACAGGGAUCCUGGAACUGUGAUUUACCAUGUGCAUUCAUGUGCUUUGCAAAUGGGAAAAUGCAGGCCAUUUCAAGAGCAAGUGGUGAUGGUGCAUUAAAACAUUUCUUCCAUGAAAGCAUUGGAUGAGGGAAAGUUGACAUUUUAUCAGUCAAGAUGCUGUUAUGCUUUAGACUAUAGAAGUUAGAAUGUGAAAGUUGUUCAUGCUGGGUGUCCCCAUAAACUGUGUUACAGUUUGCAUGUGGAUAACACAUUUCCAGGUGGAAAGCUUUACUGCAGGCUGUCCCCUGGGGUCAGCCUGAACAAGGAGGGAUAUGACAGCUGCAUAAACCCAACAAGGCUGCCUUUUUCUCCUUUUAAGUUCAGUACAUCUUUAGCAGAGUACAGGAGCAGUCUUAAGCCAGAAGCCAUUCAUGUAGCCUGCCAUAGCCUAGAAUAAAGAUAAAGAUAAAGGUAAAGGGGACCCCUGACCAUUAGGUCCAGUCAUGGCCGACUGUGGGGUUGCGGUGCUCGUCUUGCUUUACUGGCCGAGGGAGCCGGCGUACAGCUUUCGCGUCAUGUGGCCAGCAUGACUAAGCCGCUUCUGGCAAACCAGAGCAGCGCACAGAAACGCCGUUUACCUUUCCACCAGAGCGGUACCUAUUUAUCUACUUGCACUCUGACGUGCUUUCGAACUGCUAGGUUGGCAGGAGCAGGAACCGAACAAUGGGAGAUCACCCCGUCGCGGGGAUUCGAACCACCGACCUUCUGAUCAGCAAGUCCUAGGCUCUGUGGUUUAACCCACAGCGCCACCUGCGCCUAGAAUAGUUGUUCCCAAAUUGUAGUCUGCAGACCACUGGUGGUCCACAAGCUUCAUUCAGGGGGCCUGCAGUGUGUCUGUGGUUUAAGAGGAGAGGCGGCACAUCUACCACAGUAAAUAUACUGAUUUUUCAUUGCGUUCUUUUUAUUUUAUUUUAUAUUGCAUUUUAUUGUAUAACAGAAGUCAAAUUGUAAUACAAUAAAAUACAAUAAGCAGGAAAUAAAAUUUAAAAAUCAAUAUACAAUGAAAAAUCAUACCGCAUCUAGCUUGUUCUAUUACAAUUGCUGCAGCAGGCAGAAAAAUUAUAAAAUGAGCCAUCAAGAAACUAAGUGGUUCUUGGACGUGGAGAGUUUGGGAACCAUAGGCCUUGAAUUUAUUCCAGGACUGUUGCACUGUAGGCCACUGUGCUUGUUUGCAGACUAUUGAAAUAACACAAAAUUAGACUAACGAAAAGGUGUCCCUAAAGGUUAGCAAAGAGGACUACUGGGUGGUAAAUCAUGGCUUUACCUUAUAAGUACAUCUGGUAGUAGUGGGUUGAACUGAAUGUCAAUGUAGAAAAGUAUACAUGCGCUUCCUGUUAAAGGCUUUGGAAAGGAAAUUGAUGUAUAUUGUUACUAUUAAAGUUCAACUUGUAGGCAUAAUUUUUCCUCUGAUUAAGAACUAUGAUGCUUCUUCCCAUUCCUUCCACAUGACAUGUAGACUUUUUACUUUUGGGUUCUCACAACAACUAAGUGACUUGCCCAGAUUACUGGGAUACGGAAAGUAGAGGCCCCCCCCCCCUUCUGCCUGUGGUUUGGGAUCCCAUCCUUGUUUACAUAAUUUGUUUAUACUGCAGUAGCAAUUUCUAGAGAUCAAUAAAGUUGACUGCUUUGUGGCCUGGACGUAAAAGCUUCCCUUACCCAACAUGACCUUUCUUGGCAUCAGUGGUUAUCCUUCGAUGUUACACAUUCAUCUUGUGAUCUGAGAGUAAUUUUUCUGAGAAGAAGCAGAGCCCUGGCUAGCUACACAUAGGAGAUAUCCCAUAUACUCUGGCACUGAUAUGCAUGAAGAAUCCCAGAACUUCACAACAGACUCUUAGCAUUGUUCUUUGGGAGACUUGGAGUACAACCCUGUUCAUAUUUACUUGGAAUUAAAUCCCCCUCCCCCCGUGUUCAGAGGGGCUUAUUCCCAGGAAAAUGGCUACAGAAUUGCAGCCUUAUUUUCUCAGGGGUAUCGGAAGUGCAAGACCCAAUCCAAAUUCCUAUAGUUCUUCAUUUCAGCAACUCCCUUGCAGCUCUAAUACUAAGCAUUGUUU